AUGAGCUGGGACAGAGAUCUUAUCAGUUGGAUAAGUAAGUGAAGGGACUUCCUUCAAUCAGCACUUAAUUUUCCCCUAACUCACUGCCUGCAGACUGACUCCCCCCUUCCUCCCCUCCUCACUGCCUGCGGUGACUUCACAAAUCAAACCCCCUUUGCUAAUCUGUUUAUCCAAAGAUUUUAGCACUUUCUUAAAUUCUUAACUAUGCCUACUUCUGCCUUCCCUAGAAAGCUAUGGAGUGCAUUAACAGCCUAAUGGAGACCUUAGUACAUUGUCAUGUGUGCUUCACUUAGUGAAUGGCUGGUAAACAUAACUAAACCCAAAUUCUAUUUACAUUUCUGCACUGUUAUGUCUACCCAAAUAUUUAGGCCCCUUUCCCCCUGCUUACAAAUCCCAAUAUGUGUCUGUCACCUACAUUUUAUACAAUUUGUUUUAAAUUAGCUAGUACAAUAAAAUAGCCAAUUUAUUUUUCCUCCCAGAUGACUUUGAGAUUGUAAUUUGUUUUAUAUUAAGUUAUGAGUUCACUUGUAGACUGAAACACCAAUAAAGAAUGUUUUGAUCUCAAUGCAAUCUAAAGAGAAUCCAGGGAUCUGGUGUGAAAUGUAUGUUGUGCAAUAUAUAUUAUAUACAUUUUGUUUUUUAAUAAAACGUGUUUAUUAAUAUAUAUAUAUAUAUAUAUAUAUAUAUAUUGGUUGGCAAUGUAUUUGUAUUAUUAUAUAGCUGCGUAAAUGUUUGUUUAAAGUAUCAGAUAUUUAUGUUUCUAAUAACAUAAAAUACAUAAUGUAAUAUUCUUUCAUUUUUUGAAAUUGUUAAAAGUUACAUCAAUGAGAAAGAAACUUUCAGUCUGUUUGCAAUAAAAAUACUUUCACUCAUACAAAACCGCACAAACAAAAUCUCUAGAAAUUUUAACCACCUGGAUCUGAACGUAUAAAUCAAAGACAUAAAACAGUCACACGGGCAUCUUUUAAUCCCCCUAAUAUGACCUAAAAAUAAAGGAAGCCUUUAAUAUGCCUAUAAAGUUGUCAUUAUUAGCCGGUAAAACUCAGACCUCACCUAGUGUAAAACAUGUUGCUGCAGAUUCUAAUGAGACGAACAAGGUAGCAAAUUCCUUAAACAAGAAUUCUGUGCAAUGCUAUUUAUUUCACUUUUAUAGGUCUGAUGCUGUAUAUAAUGGUAGACUUGUGAAACAGGAGUUUAAAUAGUUCACAUACAGAAGUGAUUCCAAACUUCUGUCAACAAUCCCAGCAUGGCUUAUAUUUUUGUAUUAAAAAAUAUUGUACAGUGAGAUGAUAAACAAUUCUGAAUCAACGUUCUAAAAGUUGUGCUAUCACCAUGGAUACAAUGGAAUGUUGCUGUUUAUUGCUCCAGUUUUAGAACGUUGCCCCAGUAGUGCUCUUUGUAACACACCUCUGUGUGUAAAUAUCACUAUCAAUACAAGAAAUGGUAUAAAAUAGCUUCAGUUAUUUACCAAUCGCCCCACAAGUGUUGAAAUACAAUAAAUAUUUUAUUAAUGCUCAUAUAAAAAACAGAGCUUUUAAAAUUGAUAUUAUUCACUAUUUUAAUUGGAUAAGAAUAUGUUCCAUUCACAGCUAAGUAUAAGAGUGACUAUAAAUUUGUAGAUGAAGAGCAGAGACAAUGAUAUUUGUGAUAUGUUUCAUGUUUUAAAAUAACUCAAUUACAGCACAUUCACUCCAAUUAUGCUCCUAAAAUGUCAGGAUUCUAGUUUCCUGGGAACUGAAAGGUGAGAGGGGACACCUGAGAGGGAUCACUAACUGUCUAUUUAGAGUGUUGAAUAACAAGGAGCUAAACGAACAAGUUUAUACAGAGCUGAAUGGAGCUUUCUCAUUGUGCUGGAAAGUAGUGUGACUAUAGAAGGGGGCAAUGUGAAAAGAAUCUUGAAGUGACCUGUCCAUUGUUUGCUGAAACAUUAAGAUGUGCAGGUGAAGCAUGCCUUCAAAUCCUUCUAUAGUAUGUUAUACACCUACUGAAUGAGGGGGUCACCCAGGGACUGACUACUGCAAUGAGUGAGGCUGUCCUUCUGGGAGUGAGAUGAGUGAGGAUCACUUUCUGUGGCUGAGAUAUAUUCUCUCCCUAUGACUGAGAUAUUAUUUAUUUAUGCAUGCAUGUGUAUGUGUAGGAAAUAGACUACCAGGCUUAAUGCUCUCUUAUUGAUCUGUUACUGAUCAGCUCGCCUAAUAAGUGCUACUGAUUAAUCUGUUCAUGAUCCUGACCCAGUUGAGCUAUAAUCACUAAACUUUGCCCCCCACCAGAUAUUUUUUAAAUUGCAACUCCCAUUGUGAGACAAGUUGAGUCCAGUCUAAUCCUGGUGGUUUUCAUGGUGAGUUCAGCUCCACUAAUAAUAAAUGGCUGCCCAUGGACUGGCACUGCUUCUGGUGUGAACUACAACUCCCAUGAUGCUCAGACAGCCGUUGGGGGUACAGCAGCGGUGAUGGCUGGCAGGUUAUGAUGUCCCAGGCCGCACUGACUGAGGUAAUAGGUUAUAGCGAUUUGCAGUGACAGGGAAACUGCUCCAGCUCUGGAUACAGCACUGACCGUGCGCGGUCUCUUUAAAGGGCGGGGCUUAACAGUGGUCCCCGCCCAUCUGGCAGUGAGGGCGGGGUUUUCGUGCAAGGACCCUGUUCCGAGCGCUGUGAUUGGCUGGGAGCGAGCCGUCUGCGGCCCCGCCCCCGGGGGCGGGAGUUGUUGCGAGUCGCGGGUGCCCUGCGCUCAGUGUGAGCCGAGCGGCUGCAGGGAUUGGUUCUCAGUGUGCCGUCACCGAGGAGACCGGGCAUCGGCAGCCACGAUCACCAGCCAGCGGAUCUCAGGGCAGCGGGGGCGGCGGGCAUGGAGCCGUGAGGGGCCCGGACAUUAUCGGAGUGAGCGGGGAUAUUACACAGCGCUCCGCAGCCGGGCAUGGCCAGUUCGGAUACCUAACGGAGCUCGGGAUUGGGUUCGGAUAUUGCUCGGGAAAAGUUCGGCUAAGCUUGGAUCCCUGGUGAAGCGGCGGGAGCGGAUGGAGGGUCCCUGGCAACUGCUCGGGCUCCUGCUCGCCGUGUGCAGGGUGUGCUCGGUGCUCAGCAAGAGCCUGGAGCCGGUCACAUGGAACUCACAGAACCCGCGGUAAGGAGACACCCGGGACUCGCUCAUAGUGUACUCAGCAUACUCAGCGCUGUGCCCAGUGUAACCAAGCCCGCACCGUGUACCCAGCGCUGUGCCCAGUGUAAAUAGCAUACUCAGCACUGUGCCCAGUGUAAUCAGCAUACUCAGCGCUCUGCCCUGUGUAACCCAGCCCGCACCGUGUACCCAGCACUGUGCCCUGUGUACUCACCCCGCACCGUGUACCCAGCACUGUGCAUUGUAGCACUGUAUACUGACAGCCACUCUGUGUACUCUGCACUGUGCAUUGUAUACCGGCUCUCUCACUGUACCGUGUAUAUCGGCACCCCUAACUGUGUGCUCCUCACUGUACCCCCUCUUCCCCUCCCACUCCCCCCCGCACAGUGUACCUAUCACUGUACCCAGCAUCUCAUAGUGCACCCUGUGUACCCCCAUAUUAAACGGACUCUCCUAUAAUACCUACUCUGUGUAACCCCUCUCUGUACCCCGGGAGCCCCUCACACCCUCAUCCUGCCUCGCCUGUUAGUUUCCCGGGUACUAGCUCCCUGUGCUCACGGUACCCCCCUUGCUCCUACUGCUUUUUAAUGGCCUCCCUGUACAGCCAGCUAGUACUCCACAAAUACCCCAGGAAUACUCCUCCUAAUAGUACACCCCUCCCCUGCACCCCAUAGUCUCAGUACUCCAGCCAUACAGACCCUCUGCUCCCAGGCUGUUGAGGAGAGGCUUUCCCUCUUACUAUUAAACAUUUACUCCAGUACUAAAAUGUUUUAUCUGCAAAUGGGCUAUUUUGUGUUUUUUGUUUUUGUUUUUUUUUUCAUAAUUUUGUGAGUCCUCACAAUCUCAGUAUAUUCCCUUUUACCAGAAAUGCGAUUCUACAAUUCUUUCCUGUGAAUACCCACAUACUGGGGUUAAUAGCCCCCUUUCCUUCCAGCCAGUGGCCUGGGGGCACAUUACUCUGGGUCUGGUGAAGUCACCUUGCUGUUUAGAGGCAUAAUCUGAAUAGUCUAGUUUUUUUAAUAGUUUAUGCAACCACCAUAGCCAGUUGGAUGCAUUUGGAUGAGCGCCUCUCUAGACCUACUUUUCAGUGUGUUCUGUUGCAUAAGAUUGCCAUUAUUUUAUCAUGUUGCAUUGUACUCUUUGUAUUUCAUGCAACACAGAUAAGGCGGACAGUCUCCCAUAGCUUUUUAAUAUCAUAAAGGUCCCUGUGAUGGCAGACUUUAUUGCUAUGAUGUAGAGGUGCUAUGGAACUGAAAGUACUCUUCCUUUCUUCUAAUGUUAAUUUUUGUAGGAUUUGUUUGAUAAGCUGUCAUUACACAAAAGGCUUGCAAGUUUGGAGGUGACCAUUAAAUUCUGCGGAGUGACAGUGAGUCAUUGCUAGGCAAAAAGAGACCUGGUUUUGCGUAGAUCCAUCCCCAUAAUUUUUUUUGCCACUUCAUUUCGCUUGUGUGGAAAUGUGAAAUGUUUGGGUUUUUCUUGGCAAGUUUCUUUUGUUGGCAGAGUAUUUGUUUUAUGAAUGUGGAUAUGGCAUCUAUUUAAAAUGUUCCUUAAACAAAACUUGUCUUGUAUUCAAGAAUGAAUUCCUUUUGAAAGUCAUGGAGGUAUUUUGUGUCCAUCAACUCUCAGACCCAAACAGAUCUUGGAUUAUAUUCUAAACAUUGAGCCGAUUUUAAAAUAAAAUAAGUGUGUAUUCGAGUCUGUGGUAUUUCAUAGUUAUUUAUUCUUCUCAAUACUGAAAUUCUGUAAUGGUUUUUAUUUGGUUUAAUUUUGGUUUAUUGGAGGUAAAGAGCUAAAGAUUUAGAUGAGGUGCUACAGUCCAUAAUUAUGUGGUGGAUGAUUUAGUAUUCACAUUCAGACUUUGCCCUCAAAGGACUAUCCUUAGAAUGGAAAUCUAAAAUGUAGUUGUAAGAAGUGUUGAACAAAGAACAUAUCUAGAGCAGUUCAAUCGCUUGACAUUAAAUAGACUAUUUGUAGAGUUUUAGAAGGCAUUUUAGACAGGCUGGGUUUUGUGGUGAGUUGGAUGUGACCUACACCUCACCUUGCUUUCCUUGAAUGGGCCUGUUCCAACCAAGCCAUCUUCUGCUUAGUGGUAUUUCAUUAAUCCAUACAAUGCCAGAUGACCAAACCAUUGUCUACUUGUAAACGGUUAAGUGUGUCCCAGUUAUGGAGUUUGAGGAGCCUUAAAAUGCAGAAAAAUUUGAAAUCUCAAGUUUAGGAAAAAGUGUUGUACAAUUUACAAUAUUAAUAGAAAAUUAAGUUUUGAUGUCUAAUGUCACUGAAAGUUUGUCUGCUGAUCUACUAAAAAGUUUAACUAUGUUUAAUUUACACCACUAUGGCGCUCCAGCCUAACUGGGGCUUGACAUCUGAAGGAUUUAUUAAGACAGUGAAUUAACCGCUGUUAUUAAAUGGUUUUCAGACACACCCCACCUGAUCCCCAGACACAAAAUUGUCUUCUAGUGCUAUUUUAAAGUGCACUCGCCCCAUUCCUAUUUGGGAUUUGUUAAUUAUAAUUUUUUCUGCUAAAGCGAUUUUCAACUCCUUUGUUGCUGUUUGGGCAUGUAUCACACAGUUAAGCAUUCCUCCUCGUUUAGUGUACCCAAUAUUAAUUUUUGUAAUUUUUACUUAAAAACUACAUUGCAAAACAAAGAAUGCCCUGAUCCUGCAAUGUAGUUUGAUGUGCUUUUCCUUAAGUGAAGGAGAGCAAGAGGGUGUUUUUAUUUUUAUUUUUUUUAUUUUUAUUACAGCACAUAUACUCAGCCUGUUGUUGACCUUCUCAAUCUGACAGUGGUCUCUCCACGUCACACAGAACUACUGCAGUACGUUCCUUUUUAAACCUCGGACUGUGUUCUAUAGCCAUCCUAUUUAGGCUUUUCAUAAACAUGAAGGCUCGGAGUCUGUGAUUACCAGAUCUGCUUGUUAAAAUUCAUUCUACAAACAAUCCUCAAACCGUUUCGUAGCAGGGAGCUUCAGAUAUGUUUGAUUGUUACAGUUUGUUUUAGGUGAACACUGCCACCCAUUGUGAUGGCAAGAUACAAUUUAAGAAUAUGUAUAAAAAUCUUUAACCGGUAACUUAGACUUUAAAAUAUACCGUGUGAAUCUAGGGCUUCUUUUUGAAAGGAUCUUAGUAAUAAUUUGAAAAUAAACCUGUCCGCUGCCAGAGGGAGCUGUAACAACCUCUAAGAGUACUGCUGCUCCUUCUGCUAAUAAACAGUGAUGGCUGGGAGAUCAACAUACCUCUCUGUGCAUUUUGUUAACACACUUUCACAGUUAAAAUGAAUUGGGUUCUUAGGAAACUAGCGCUUUGUUACGGUUAAGUCAAAAAUUAGGGUUUAAUUUUAAGUUGGCAAUUUAACCCUCCAAUCUUUUUCCUGUAUGCUUUGGUUUAAACUUUAUUUUUUUUUUUUUAUUUUUUUUUAAAUCCCCAAAUUCUGAAAUAAAAUUGGAUGAAUUUUAAAUGAUUAAGGCUUUUAAAGAUGGGAUAUAAGGCCCAGGUGGUUUUUGUAUACUUUGUAUUUUUUAUUUUAAUGACUGGCAAUGUUCUUUCUCUUUUAUACUUUUACAAACAGGCGGUCCAUCUGUUUGGAAAUAUUAUUUUUUUAUAAAGUGCUAACAGUAUUCUUUGAAACAGGACUCUGUUCUCUGCUUUGGCCGGUAAAACGCUAAAAGAUUUAGAGUAAAUUUGUCUUGCUUGUUAAUGUGAUGUGUUCUGCUUUUCGCUCCUAUGCCUUCUUAAUGAUUGAGCUGAAUACUACCUAAGAACUAUUGAUCUAUUUAAGUGUAGAUAUUACUGUCUCUGCCAGAAUUCGGGGGGUGGACGGGGUGCUCUUACAAAGCACAGCUGCAAGGCAUCAAAAUCGCAAUGUGCUUUUGCCUAAUUCCAUCCUCUUUAACAUUUUGACAUGUGUUAACACCUCCGUGUUUAGGUGUCCACUCUUAACUGUACUUGAAUAGUACCCUGCUUUCAAGAUUUUUUGCUUUUUCUUUUAAAAUUGUAGAGCCUUUUGGUUAGUUGCCAUAAGUGCCUGCUCUACCGUUUGUGCCCUCUAUAUUUAUUAGCGAUAGCCCUGGUAGGAAAUUGAGUAAAAUUAUGUAACUGCCUAGACUAAAAACUGUGGCAAAGUUUUUUUUUUCAUGAAAAAAAUUGAUCUUAUUUAUUUUUUGCGCAUGAAGGCUAGGUCAGUUCUUAAGAGAAAUUUUCAUAAAACCUGGUCUUUGUAUUCAAUCUUGUCACUUUACUUUUGAGGGUUCUGGAUUUUUGUAAGAAUAAUAGUAUUUUAAUUUGUUAGCGUACCUAUAGUCAAGGUUUCAUUACUUUGAAAGGCUUUACUGUUCAUCCAGAAUACUUUUGUGCAUGUUUCCUAAAUGGUUUAACUGACUGCAACGGAUAUUUUUGUGCUGACCAAUUAUAAAAUUUAUGAUAAGCACAUAAAAAUCUCCAAUAUGUUGUGAGGUACCCAUAUAUUCCAUAAUAAUCCUGGGAAUAAACUAAAAUUCUCAGGUUUUUUUUUUCUUUAAAAAAACUAAACUUUUUUUUUUUUCUUCUUCUUAAGCAUUUCUUAGUGUGUAUUCCCUCUUACUUUUAGUUCCAAAACAGGUGACUAAGUAUCCGGGUAAAAGUUAUUGCUUAAUUCUUCACUAAUUAAGCAUUAAGGUGCUUAAAAACUUUGUUAAUUAUUAUUAUUUUUUUGUUAAAAUAAAUUAUGUUCAAGGGGCCAGCAACAUAUGUCAGUGACAAAGUAUUAAGCACACCCCAGAAAUAAUCAUACUGUAUUUAGAUGGUAAUAUUGAUCUAAAUCUACUGAAAAAGAAAUAUAUGAUAAAUGUUUCAUUUAGUAGUCUAACCAAACUGUAUUUGCAUCUAAUUUUCUACACUUCCCUGAAAAGAAACCACUUUGAAACUUCUUUUAUUACACAUAUUUUAUAUAUAAAUAUAUUUCCAUUAAUUUGAGUAUUUGUGCCCACAACCUGCUGUUUAUUCAGCGGACUACUUUACAAGUCUGUAUGUAGGACACAUUGAAAUGUCAGGAGCUUUUGGGGCAUAUAAUUGUGUAGAACAGUUGUUACUACAGUGAAACCUUUUAACGCAAUAACAUAUAACCACUAGUGUGUCUUUUUUUUUUUUAUUCUUUUUUUUUUUUUUUACUUUCUAAUGUUGUUUUUGAAUCCAGUCUCCAUUUUCCUUAUCAGUUAUAUUGAUGGAUCCAGCUAGUUUUUGUGGCGAUUUAUGUUGUUUGAUAGAAGGAUCAUAGCCAUGUACAAUAAUUGUGAAGUUCGGUGCACUAUUUUGUGUUAAACAGUCCAUCAGGAGACUUUGAAAGUGUAGCAGAUUUAACCUUUUAGUUGCCAAAGUAGUAUUGGUAAACUGACAUUUGUGUCUGCCUCGGCAGGCAGUAACCACUUGCUAACAAAUAGGACACAGCGUUGUUCGAUAUGCCAUGUAUAAGGUGACGGUUUAGGAAGAAGUGACAUUUCUGCUGCUGUAAUGGUUUUUGUCUCGGUUGUGGUAAAUAAGACAUUAGGCUUAUGGUAAUUACAUUGUGCUGCGUUAGCAGUAGGAUUGCGUUAGCAGUAGGAUCGUUUCUCUAACAAGGGCUCAUUUGCAACAGUGACUUUUUAUUUCCCUCCACCCUUAUUUCACUCCAGCAGCACCUGGAUUUAAUGGCUUCAGCUCUCAUUUACAAUGCAGGUUUAUUUUGUGUAGUCUGUUCCUCCAAAAUGCUUUGCAUAGCAACUAAAUUAUACAGAGCUCCAAGACUGACAGAUUAAUAUUCAACUUGUCACUCUCCCAGGUAGCUGGGGCUUUAUAAUUCACACUACUCUUUAGAGGCGAAAUGCAAUAAGGCACCCCAGGGGAUAUGAAACCUUCCUACUCAAGCAUGUUAUGUGCUAAAAGGAUGUGACAGAUUCUACCAUGCAGACACUCCAUGCAAACAUGCUUCACCGCAUGCUGUCUGGGGGAUGCAUUGAGUGUGCAUUUUGGGAUUUCUUUGCAACAGUCCUCAAUAGUGGUAGCGUUGUUCAAGCGACUGAUUUUUCUGGUUUUCUUUUUCUUUUAUAUUUUCCUAUCUUUCGUAAAUCUACGUAAUGUAUUUUGUUUGCCUAUUGGUUUUAAAAUCGACCUAUUUAAUAGCCUGGGUUAGAUUAGUGUCAUCUCGUAUCUUUCCUCUGUUCAGAUAUUAAAGAUAAUUAGUGAUUCCAAGGUUACACAACAGGUAACUGAUUUAUAAUGCCUGAAACGCAAUGUCGGUGCCCUGCCUUUAGCGCUCAAGUCACUGAGUUUUGUACGAUUCUGAAAUGGGUUCUGGAUGCUUACCUUGAAUCUUAGUUAAAAAUAAGCAAGUGUUUCCUAAACUUAAUUCAGAUUUAUAAAACUUUUUUUUUUUCUCCCCCCUCAGUGUUCCUUUUCCGCUUAGUCAUUUUAAUUUAUUUUGCAUUUCAAUCUGCAGAGUGAGUUAUUGACAUCAUUUGGCACUUUUUUUCCACUUUGUUACAUAUGCCCUUUUAUCGGGAGUAUUGCUGUAUUUUAUGAAAGUAAAUUUGAAGCAGAUUCUCUUUAGAAAUCAGAGACCCACUUAACAUUCCUUUGUUAACAGGGCAACUUUCCCUAUGAGGGCCUACUAGCUAUGGUAUAUUGGUAAUGUACAGGGGAGCAGUGCUUGUAUUAUUAGAUCAGCUGCUCUAAUAUUCUGGGUCAGAUUUGCCUCUGCUAAAUUGGCUGAGGAAAGCAGGGUUUUCAUUAAUACAUCAGUAAACGGGACUCCUGGCUGAGAGAAAUUAAAUUAGAACUUGCUUGUCCCUUGUGGUCCAUGGACCUCCUGCUGCCCAUCCCUUAUCUGUGAUAAGCUCCCAGGUAGUAUAAUAUAAUUGAGCUGUGCUAGUCACAGAUAAGACUGUUGAAUCAGCUGGAGCUGUGUGAAGAUGCACAGUACCAUUCUAUAGUCGUGUAACCUUUCCCUACUUUUUAAUUUAAUUUUGUUUUUCCUUCCACACCAGAGCAGCAAUUUUGAUGUGCUUUUGUGACUUUCUACUGAAGCGCAAGUAACUGUGCUAUUUCUGUAGUCUGUCUUUCUCUGCUGUAGAAUGUCACUGCAUACCUAUUCUGUCCCAAUUUUGACCUACCAAUCACUUGGCUUUCAUGCUGUGUCUGUAUGAUUUAUUUAUUUAUUUAUUUUGAGUUUCUUCGUUUUUAUCCUCCAGGUAGCAACGUGUAUGUGUUGCUUGCAUAAAUAUUGAAUAAGUUGCGUACAUGAUAGCCGGCUAGACUUUUUGUGCAUUUCUUAUUUACGUUGUGCAGGCUAAAUGUAAUCAGCUCCAAAUCCCUCUGCCUACAGCAGCGUUAACAGAUUUUAUAUGCUAGGGGAGACUCUUGUUUGAGACUGUUUCACCCUAGUUAACCUUAUGCGAUAAUAAUGUUUAAACAGCAAGUUAUCUUUCAAAAAUAACAGUCUUAUCAGCUGUAGAGUGCAUGUCCAAACACUAGUGUGCUGGUCCCUGUUAUAGUUACAUGUGCUGGGAGCUUGUUUUAAUGCUUCAUCCGACAAAAUCUUUUAUCUGGAAUAAUUUGCGCAUUAAAAUCCAUGCAGCUGGGAUUGCCUCCUUCCCUACAUACUCUUACUAUGUGUAACCAAUUCACUGCUAAAUCAUUUCUGCCCUGUGCGUGCUUUCAACUAAUUAAUUAUAAAUCCACUUCUAGAAAACUCCUUUUUUUAAUGCAAUUUUUUAUAAUAAGGGAAACUUUAGUUUGGUUUUUGAGGAAACCCUGAUUUAUUUGUAUUUUAUGAUAUGUGGAAAUUUGUAACAAAGCUGAGCAGCCAUUUUGCCUUUGAAAAAACUUUGUUUUUGUCUUCUUUGAUUUGUAAGGUUAGUUUUUUGUUAACAAUCACUUUUGUAUGGCACUAACUUUCUAAACAUUGGAGAGAAAAGGGUUCAAAUACAGUUGUCAGUAACUUUUAGAGACUCUACAAUAUACCGGAUUCUUCUAUACAUCCAGUGCUUGAACCGGUUGCCAAGUCAUUGGAUUUUAAUGACAGAUUCACGUGUCUCCAUACUUGCAGUUGGUAGACAUAUUUGGAUUAAGUCUGUGAGCCAGCCUGACUUUCUGCAGAGUCUGUGGGCAUACCGCUUUCUUGGUUCCCAUAAAAAGUAUUCAAAAGAUGAAGUGUUGAGAGUAACAUUUUGAAAGCUUUUGGCUCCCAGGCUCCUGCAGUUUGUCUGUUAUUCUGUAAGCUCUAUAAAAUGGCUGCAGAACUUGCUAUGGAGUUUUUCAUACUCUGAGCAUUAUUACGCAGUGCUGGCUAUGCGGAGCCUGUCUCUGCUUUUGUUGUGCUUCACACGCACGUCUUGUUUUUUGUGCGUGUCUGAGUGCAGAUAUCCCAAGAGCUCUAGUCUGUAGCAACUUGUGUCAUUAUUCUUUUACUGCAGGAGAUCCCUCACCUGACUUACUGAGCUCUGUCUAGAAAGAAGCCCUCAAUGCCAUUUGGAAAAUCCAUUAGCAAGACAGAGCUUCUGCCAAGACAGAAAACAAUAAAACAAAGCAUCAAGUUGUAAAUGUGUUAAUUAGUCUUGGGACCUAGCAAGCUGCACCAUGGCAGAUAAUGAACUUUCCUGAAGUGUGCUGCUAUCUGUGUGACUCUCCAGUUUCCAAAUGGUUAAACAUUUUCUGUAGUGUAGUUUUAGUUUUGUUUAACCUCCCUUGCAAUUGAAUUUUAGGAUGUCCGUUUGCUCACUGAAUAAGAAUAGUCUUGUGUGUUUGUGCCACAGGCUUAAAAAUAGAACAUUACAUAUUUUCAGUGUUGGCUGUUCGUUUUCUUCAGCAAUUUCUAACACAAAGGGGGAGAUUUAUCAUCGUGUCUGUGAAUAAUCUACGCCUUUUCUGGGAUUUUGUGUCUGUCGGGAAUUGGUGUUCUCGCUGUUCACUUUAUAGGUUUUCUGUACAUUUUGUCAGUUUUUUUUUAUUUUGCUAUACUUUGCUAUUUCAUUUAUUCUUUACCCCCUCUGCCCUUCUUGAAAAGUGGUUUAUUUUUUUUGGUUUUUUUUCCAUUGUAGUAUGCAAAUCAGUUGAACAUAUAGUAUUUUUAGUGGGCCAUAAUUGUCGAAAAGCAGAAACCUUUCCGACUAUAGAAAGGAUAAAAAGUACACUUUUUGGAUUAUUUUUUUAUUUUUUAUUUUUUUUAGAACAUUGAUAAACUGCGGCAGACUUUUGAGUACUUCUCCCCAUUGAAAAACACUUUUUGAAUCACUUUGCUAAAUCUCCCCCAAAUAUAUCUGGAUCAUGAAACUUAAAACCAUAUGAGGAUUUGUUAAAACCUAUAUUUGCCUCCUAUAAAUGUUAACAUUUUUCUUUUCUCUUGUAAAUUCAAAGAGACCACAGGUAAUUUUAGAGGCGUUCACUAAAUACUGCAUUUCAAGUCUGUUUAGCCAAACUGGAGAAAUCACCAUUUCAGGUACAUUCAGUUUGGCCAUUUUUUCUUAAUCACUUUAAAUUCUCUACAAUUCAUUCUAUAGUAAAUAACGUGAUUAAUGUAACAAACUGAGGAUUGAAAAAAACACGACCGCAAUAUUUUUCAUUUGAAAUCUUUUGGACAUCCCAAAAGUCCUGAAUUUGCAGCCUAUCUUAGUGAUGGACAUUUUAAACUCCUCAAAGUCUCCAUUACAUAAACUGGCUUACCGGACGGACUCCAGACUAGGUGUGUUGGCCUCUCUUAUUGUAUUUUUAGUGCAUGCAGACAAAUGGUUAAAUCAUUUAGUAUCUGAUUACUAUGCUCUGCUUUGUCAGCUUAACCAUAAAGUUCUGUAAAAGCCUGCUUUAUAAAGUAAAAAAAGGGGAUUAUCCAUAGUGGCGUGUUUUAUAAGCUGCUUGUAUUAAGUGUACUAGUUAUGCCGCUCUCAUCUCUUCUGGUUAUAAAAUGUGUAUUUCUAUUCAGCAACAGGAAGUGCCUGGGACCACCACUUACAUAUAAAUGGAAUGUGUCUAUCUCAUAUAUAUUCUUUUCUUCAGAUUUUAGUUUCUUUAAAACGUAUUCUGAUUUAUCACUGUAAUUUAUUCCGUAUUGACUUCAAAAUCAAAUUUUCGUGACUAGUUAUGACUCAAUCACCCCUUCCUCUCAAAAACAUGGAGUAUUUCAUAAAGAUAAAAUCUUUAUGAACUACUCACAUUGACUGUGAAGGUAUAACCCAAAGUAGUGACUUUCUUUGUAUUUUUUACUCCGUUGGCAAAAGGCGGGGCUACUGCCGUCAAAAUUUGUCAGUUCCCCCAGCCGUCACUAGUGACAGCUGUCAGGAAAAAGGUAUUGUCUGUGCAGGCUCCCACGGGAUCCACCAUCAACAUCAGUGUUCUACUCUUGCUCAUGCGCGAAAGUAAAGCACUAACGCGGGCUUCUGGCAGAUGACUCGCCAAGUACUGAAGAGGAUCUUUCAGAUGGUGAUGGUGGUGGCUGUAAGGGACAGCUUCAGAUAAGUAUAAUCUGCCUGCACCUCCAGGCCACUGCAUACUAUGCAGUGAUGUCACCAUUACAGGUCUUUGUCACCUUCUUGGGUCUUUGUAGAUUUUGUAGAGCUGCUUUUAACAAAUGUUGUGUUUUUUUUUUUGUUUUUUUUUUAUUUUUUUAGCAGUGACUCUUACAAAGACUCAUAUAUGCAUUAGAUACGCAUAUGGGGAAUUUUUUUUUUUAGCUUUCCCUAGAUUUUUCACCCUUAUAUUUACGUUCUUUGAUAGGCUCUUCUAGUUAAAAUACAUAUGGAAAUGCAGUUUGAGGUCCCUAGCAGUUUCCUGUGUAGUAAUGUAUGUGAUCAUUCCUGGUUCUUUAAUAGCUGUGGAUCUUGGGCUGCCCUUUGUAAUCCUUUUUAAAGCCCUCAUCGUCUAGCCUGAAACAGUGAUUGUGUAUUUAAUCUGUUAGCCCCAAUUUGAGGCAAGUCCAUUUUUUCAUUUUACUUCUAUGCAUGCUGAAUCAGAUUUUUAAGCUGCCUAACGCACAUAGGGAAGUUGUCGAAUCAAAAAGAGGGUUUCAGUAAUGCAUGUGUGGGUGCUGGAAACACCCCUAUUGUAUAAAUGAUUUUUCAGGAUUUUGUGUCCGAGCUUUUCUUAUUGGUUUGCAUUGACGUCAGUACUGUAUUGUCACAAGAUUUGAUGUCUUGGCUAGAAGUGGGAAUCUAUUUUAAAGGUUAGAUAUUGGAUGUAAUUUUUAAGGGGCCAGCUCUGCUUUGUCCAGCAACCUGUCUUUAUUCUUCUACUGAAGAUUGGUUUGCUUGUUUAACCCUUAUGCUGGCUGUUUGCGCUGGACUUGGCAUGUGAAAAGUAGGGUGUAUACUGCAGCUAGAACACUUCUAUAUUAUACAGGCAGUUUUUCCAAAGACCACUGCGUAGGUUACUCCUAAAUAUCCAAAUAUUUCAAUUGUGAAGAUUAAGAAAAAGCUGGAAUUAUUAUAGAAAUAAACAUUUACGGUAAUACAGAUGCAUUUGUUAAAGUUGCUGGGAUUGCGUACUCUGGUCAAUGUAAGACCUUUAAUAACAUACAUAUUGCUUUUGGAGCAAAUAAGUCGCCUGUGUUUUGUUUUAAGUAUGCUGAAGGUGGAUUUGUUGGUGACUGAAUUCAGAAUGGCAAAAUGUAGGUUCGAAUCGCGGAUUAUAGGAAAGAAGGAAAAAAAAAAAACAAACUCUGCUGUAAUCACAACGUGGCAGGUUUUUUUUGGCCUGCUUUUUGCCAUUCAAAUGUAAUUCAGUGUUUAGUGAAUAAUCCUACUAAAUGCCAGCUGAAACGCUUCAUUUUAGAUAAUGGUCCAAGUUACUUUGAUUAUACAUUUCAUUAAUUGUUUUUUAUUUUUUGUUUUUUAUUUUUUUUGUGUGUGCGUGUGUGUUUUCUGUGUUUUAGAAGACACUGCAUGGAUGCUUAACAGAUACACAAUAUUUGCUAGUGGAGUUUGAUGUGGCAUUUGAUAAAUAUUGAGACGUUGGAGGGGGCCAUACUCAUUCAAGGACCCAGAAGUUGAAUGGAAAAUAUUUCCCCUUGUUGGGAGCCAGAAGCCACAUUUGUAGGAGCCGUGGCUCUCCCCAUCUUACAUUUCUCAAUCCCAUUCCUAUGGACAGGGGAAAUUAAAACCUCCAAGAGGUCCUUCCCUGCAACUGACUGGAACAUUCUUGCUUUGCAAGAGUAAUUUUAACAUGUCUCCUAAAUAUUAUUUUACUUUUCUAGGUGUCAAAUUUUAGAUUUUGGCCAAUUCUUUUAUAUAUCUGUAUAUUAACAGUGGUGUCCCCACCCCUCCUGUGACUACUAGCCACUAGUAUAUGUGAGAAUUAUUGGAUAAACCUACUACAUGAACAUAUUUUUCACUGCUGUUACUUUUGUUUUGUUUUUGUUUUUUCUGGGUAUAAUUUCCUGUUACUGGAGUUACACCAAGACCUUCUUGCCUCCAUGUUUUAUGCACAUCCAUUAGUCUGCUAUUGUUCUUGUCAAUAAAAUUAUCUGCAUUCUCAGCAGUUCUGGUCCUCUAGCUGACAAACAAGGAUGGCAACAUACUUAAGAGACAUUAGUGUCACUGCGCUUCUAUGUGCAUUCUUUUUAUUUUUAUUCUUCUUAUUCAAAGUUUACAGUACAGUUAAAACAGAGCUGCCUCCCUCGGAUUUGGAUUCAUUUUCUGUAAAACACACUUUCAGGCUAAAACCUAACCGCUCUCGAAAGAGUUGAAGGUGAAUUACUUUAAACUUUUGAUGUAUGUAAAAGGUUCUGCAGGCUGUUUCCUCCAGAAUAAAAUCAGAAUACUUAUACAUCCUCUACACCUCACAUAAGAGUGGGUGGCUAGGUAUAAUGCACAUAUAUUUUAUAGUCUUUAUACAUGCUGGUUUUAGUAAGAAACUCCUUUUUCUCUUCAUGCGGCAUUGUUGCACAAAAAAUAUUCAUUAUUCUAAUAUGGUCAAUUUGUCUUUCUGGUGGUCUCUUUCGUUUUACAAAAAAGUAGGAAUUUGUAUCUGCUGGGAAAGCAAUGUCAAUCAGAUUUCAUAUUUAAAGUAGUUUCCAUUUUUUAAUUAUAGCAGAGAUGCUAAUUUCCUUGUACAUAUUCAAAUUAACAUUUUUAUCUGCAUGAUUGAUUUGAGCCAUGUGGGCUGCAGUGCAUAGCCUUUUGCUCUGUUUAUGAACAAACUUUAAUAUUGCAAAGUAUGUAGACCGCUUGAGGGAAGUCGACGGCCCCUCAUACUUCAAGCAAUGCCGACCAAAGCAUUUUGUUUAAUGAUUUAGUCCGGGAAAAGCAAUGGAUGAUUACCUAUAAUUAGAAAGCCGAACUAUGCCCUGUUUUCUAAAAAAAAAAAAAGGGGGUGGGGGGGGAGGGGGAUAAGAUAGCAUUGUAACUGUACGCAUAGAGGUCUCUCUUCCACCACUCAAAUGUGUAGUUUAAAUUUUUUUUGAGGGAAUAAAUGUUUGUGGAUGUUCUAACAUUUAUCUUCAGCCAUUGUGUGAUAUGCUCUGGCACACUCACAUGUCAGGAGAUGCCAAAAACAACAAAGGUAAACCCGUUUAUUCACUAAAGUGAGAUUUAUCGUGAAUUGAAAGUUCAUUCCAAGUAAAUCUCAAAUUUUAGACCAAAAACUGAACUACAAAAAAAAAUCUCCCAAGUCACCUAUACUUCCAUUUCAGUUACUAUGGCCUUAAACAUUAAAUUCACUUUGAAUUCUGCACAAUUCUUACAUUGGUAAACACCCCGAAUUACAACAGCCAGAGAACUUGUGAAAUUGCUCUUGACAUAUCAAAAUCUAUGAGGGCAAUUGUGGGGAAUUCAAAGCUAAUUUCAUAUUUAAGGCCAAAGUAGUCAAACAUUGCAAACUUGAGAUAUGCAUGUAUGUAUUUUAAUUUUUAAUUUAUUUUUCUUGCUAUAUUUUUGUCUUAAAUUUGAAAUUCACUUCAAAUUUACUUUGCAGCUCUCAAUUUAGUAAUUAAUUCGGCGUGUUUUUUUUAAUAUUUUAUUUAUAUUUUCUUUCUCCUCUAUGGAGAUUUAAGCUUAAAUCAUUGGCAUCGGAUAACAUUUAAACUAUACACUGCCGACAUUUUAGCUAACACCACGUAUAGAUGUAAUGUUAGUCUUUAAAGUGCCACCAUGUCAUGUUUUGCUUGACAGGUGCACUUUAAAUUUAAUAUGCCUUAGAAGUCCCACUUUGUCUAGUAUUUAAUCCUUUGAUUGGUGGAAAGGGAGCAGCAUGUUGCUUUUACGCACCCCUCUGGCAGUCUGUGUUUUAAAUAUGUAAAAUUCCUCUCUAAUAAUUCUUGUAUGACACAUGGAAUAUCCUAUAGUCAUUACACAGGGCUACUGUAUCCCAUUCCCAGUACAGGUGUUCGAAGGACAGGUGACUGUAAUUUGUGUGUCGGCAGAGAUUUAAAGCUGUAGUAAGAAGAAUUAGGUUAUUUCUAUUGGAGUUGAACGGUCACGGGAUUAUUUAUUUCUACAUUUUUUUUCCCACAUUCCCCCAGUGCUGCUUGUGGGUUUAAUCCUUCCCAAAUCUCUGCAGAUGUCAGGGAAAAUCCCCUGCUUGAAAGUGGAAAUCGAUCUGAUGAUCUGAGCUGAAAAUGACCUCUUAAUCUGCGCCUUCCAUCCUGCAAUUCUGUACAUAUAAACAGAGAUUCUGGCAAUCUAUUGUUUGCAUGGAUGCAUGUAAAUAGGUCAGGCACACUAAAUUGUCUGGCUAUUUUAUUUUUUUUUCCAUCCCAAAAUAAGUAAUCUUUCACAAUUUCAGUUGGUAGCGAGCUAUUUUAAUGUCGCUCACCAUGUAAGACUGCCAUGGCGCAUUGCGUUUUGAUUUAAUAUAAGAUAGUGUGCCCAGCUAUGGAUUGGUGAUCUCACCAGGUUUUACAUACACAAUGCCACAAACAUUCUAAAACUGUGUAGUGCUUUUACUUUUUUUUGUUUUUUUUGUUUUAGAUGUUGAACAAAUGCAUACGUCUGUAUUCUGAUAAUGUUAAAUGCCUCUGUAUCAUCUUAUUUAAUUUCCCUUUCAAGAUUUGUGCAUCUUGGCUAUGAUAAUACAUGUCUGUCAUAUCACGGUGUGUCAGGUCAUGCAGGUUCUAAUAUACAUUUGUGUGUUUUCUUAUAUUCUAAAGCAGAGGUAGGCAACCUUUGGCACUACAUAUGUUGUGAGCUACUUUGUCAUUAAUGCUCUUGCAUCCAUAAUGCUGACAAAGCAUCAUGGGAGAUGUAGUUCACAACAUCUGGGGUGCUGAAGGUUGCCUACCUCUGUUCUAGAGUUUUGCCAUCCCAGGGUGUGUGGGUUUGCCAGUUCUGUUUACACAAGGGAUGUUUGUGAAGGCUGGACUGUUGAGGAUGGGAGCGAGUUCAUUUUAUUGGAUUAACUGUCCGUCUGUAGGACUUUUGGAACUUUGUGUGCCGGCAAGGCAGUGAGAAUGAAAUAGCACUGUGCUAUGAAAUACUGUAUGUAUUGGUGAGGGCUGAUUGGUUUUCAACAGUUCUAGGGCUCAAUAGCUGGCUAGGCCAGGUAACAGUUGCCUGUGUGCCGGUGUUUAGCAGUCACUCCCGUAUUGGUCAGUGGGAUGGGCUCAGUGUAACACCCUGUGGGCAUAAAACGUUUUUUGUUGUAUUUUGGUAUGGUCAACUAUGCGUUCAUGCCCCUAUAAUGUACAACUUUUUUGUUUGGCUGCUGGUCCUGUGAGUCAUAGUACAUAUGAGCUGGUACACUGAAGGUUUUCCAUGUCUGCACGAAGGGACACAAAUAUAAACUGUACUAGGGUGCGUUCUUGAAAUCUGAAAGAAACAAACCCUCACUUUAACUGGUAUCAUUGCAUUUACAGGUUUCCCUUAAAAUAAAUUUACAAUAUUAUUUUUGCCAAGCUAUAGUACUUGGUCCGUUUCUUAAAAAUGCAGAAAAGAUUAAGAAUAUAUUGUCUCAAUGUAGAGGUCCUAUGGAUUCUGAUGAUUGAGCUGCUUCAAUGAUCCUAGAUGGAUGCCUGCCAGUUGUGUCGUGGGCAGGCUUUAAUAAAACCCAGGAGCCUGGGACGUCUGCAGUGUUGGCAUGCCAAGGUUUUCAUUGUUCUGGUGAGCCGCAGCUUCUAGUAAUGGCACUGCAUGCUCCUGAAUGUUACACAGAGAUCACAGUCUUCUGUGAUUUGGAAAUAAUUUCAAUUAAAGGAGCACUAUAGCAUUAGAAAUAAAAACUUGUAUUCCGAACGCUAUAGUGUACUGCACUUUAUUUAAAUUCAGGCCCCCUCUCCUAAAUCUAAAUUAAAAACUAGAAAAAAGAUUUUACUGCGCUCCUAUUGGAGGUUAGCAAAGUCAGAUUCUGUUCUGGCAGCAGAACCACCUCUAAUGGCUGUCUGGAAGAACAUCCUGUUUUUGUCCUCUUAAAGGACCACUAAAGUCACCCAGGCUACUUCAUCUCAAUGAAGUGACCUGGGUACUGUGGUCUUGCCAUACAGACAUCCACUACAGGCACUUCCUGCUGCAGCAACCAAGUAGAGUAGCAUUGGAUUUGACAGACUCAAGAGGAGGCCAUAACGCCAGGGGCAAAUCAAGGGAGCAUUGGUGCUGGGGGAAAAUAAAUAAUAAAACUAUAUUUAAAAAAAAAAAAAAAAAAUGAUUUUAAUUGUGAGCUGUGGGGAGCUAUAUAGACAGGGCUAUUAAAGCAUUAGGAUUACAGAUGCUUUCGUAUUCCUUUAGAACUCUCCUGGGUCAUGUUUAAUUGGUAUCUCGUAGCAUAAGCCAUUCCUCUAACCUCCUGCACUUGGACGUAAAAGCCUAAACUGAGCAAUGUUGAUACACAUUUUUAUUGAUUUUUUUUUUUUUUUUAAGUGUGUUUUUUGACUUACAUAUUUUUCUUUUGCAAAACAAGGGUGUCUUUGUUUUUCUCUUCCUGAUUCUAUUAAGUCUGAGUAAUGUGAGUUGUGUGAGAUGACAGGUGUGCGUUGUUACCGUUGUAAAGUUGCCACUCACUUUGCCAUUUAUGGAUGGCUUUUAUCAUGGGUCAGUUGAGUUUAGUGUUGAGUUUCAUGGCCUUCAUUUAAGAAAUAGGUGUAGUUCAAGUAAAACUAUGCUCGUGUGUGUGUGUGUGUGUAUAUAGUACAUGAACAUGUAUGUAUACAUGGAUUUUAUCCUUCAGGAAAUUGAAUUUAUUUUUGCUUUAUUUUCUAAACUGUUUGGUGAAAGCCCUAUAUAUCUGCUUGUGGAAAGGGGGACUAUCACUUUGUAUGAAAGCCCAUUGCCCAGGUUCCAUUAACCCAUACAAUCGUGCAUCUCUUGACAGUAUAAUAGAAUUUGCUUGCCUAUAGCUGAUAAACACACUAGAUUAAAGCGCUACUAUUGAAAACGCAUGGUCACUAAACAUGAAAUCUGUUGUAUACAACAUUUUACUGUUCUUUUAAAAGCAUAAAAUAAAUAUCUUCAGCCUCUGAAGUCUGAAACAGCUGGUAUAGUUUAUUCUCCUGGAGUUGAGCACUUCAAAGUACAGGCUAUUAGUCCAGUCCUAAUCAUAAAUGCCAGAGACUUGAUUUAUUUUGUCCUUAACGAGGAGUUUCCAAGUCUUAAAACCAAACCCAACACAAGACAGGAAAAGUGACUUGAAGCCACCUUUUGUGUUUAAGUAGCAACACAGGAUGGGAGGAUUCUGACAGGGAAAAUACUUGCUCUUUGUGGAACAAUAGGACCAGAGCUUUCUUCCUUCGGUCUAACACAUUGAAUGCUGAAAGGGAAAACAGCGCAUCUAUGAUGCUCGCUCUAUAGGAAAAUGGGGGGAGGAGGGGAGGAUAUUCCUCUUGAUUGAAAUGUCAUUAUAUGAAACCUCCUGCUGAACUUUAAUAUAAUAGUUCUUCUCUGCACCUCCUGCCCAAUCUAUGCUCAUUCUUUUGAAAUUGCUACAUUUUUAAAAAUAGUAUUAUUUAUAUAGCACCAACAAAUUCCACAGCGCUGUACAGUGGGUAUGAGUUCUGAUCUGAGAGAAUCUGGUAUUUUUUUUUUUUUUUGCUAUGUCACUUCAGCCUGGCACUAAAAAGACUCUAGAGUUACGUUGUAUUUCUGCCAUUCUAUAUAAAGCCUGGCAUGUUUUGAAAUGGUCCGGUAAUCAAUCUUUUCCUAAUUUCUGUUGUGUGCAAAUAGUAGUAGAUUUAAGUUUGGACACAUGUUUCAGACCAUAUGCUUUAUGUUCCUAACAUCCGUAAUGUGAUCUUAGCUUUGCAGCCACUAAAUGCAGUUAAUUUGAAGAAAAGGACAUGUGUCACCGAAGCUCAACAUGAGACUUACAAACUGGUGAAGUUUUGAGACAGCUCAACCAAAUCCAAGCUCUUGAAUGAUGGUACACAAUACUGUGACACAUUUUAUGUGUCAUAACAAACUCGCCACGGCUCAGUCACAGGUGUCUGAUGUCAGUGUUUCUUCUCUGCUGUUUUCUGCAGGAAGCAACAUGGGCAACUUGUCUGGGCAGUUGCGCUGUAAGCUACAUGGAAUAUUUCUGUGGCGCCUUUUUUUUUUUUUUCUUCUGUAAAACACUUUUUCUGACAUUAUAUAUAGUACAUUUAAUACUAUAGACACUUAAAGGAAUGCUCCCGGACACACAACUGUUUUGCUCUGCUGCCUCCUCCUUCUAAAAAUCUUCAAAUCUGCUCCCCAAUCACAAAAUGGCUUGAGGAAAAAUAGAAAGUUUAGUUAUUUUAUGAUUUGGGAGCAGCUGACCACUGCAAGUCAAUUAGCAGCAAUCCGCUGCUUCCGUUUUGAAAAUGAUCAGAAAGUGGAUGUUGGAGGGGGCGGAGCGAAAUGGUGAUGGAAGGUAGACUUUAGGGUUAAGUCAUUUGUGAGCGAUUUAAGCUCCAAAGCUAAAUCGGCGCCUGGAACAUACUGGUACCAGAAAAAAAAACAAAAUUGUAAUAAAGUUGUUGUGGCGCCCGGAGCGUUACUUUAAGGGUUUGUUUGUCUAUGUACAGAGACAAUUUACCCUACUCCACAUCAUACUUUACAUUGAUGUGUGACCUAAUCAUACAUGCUUUUUUCUUAUUAUUUCACUGUAUUGCACAAAACCUUUCUACAUGCUGAGGCUUUUUAUUAUAAAUUAUCAGCUUUGCAUUUUUCUUUUAUGGAUAGACCCUAACAAGCAUUACAGAAAUAAUACCGUGGCUAAACCAGGGAGGGCCGAGGGGUAGAUCUGAAACCUCAAUGUUUUGUUGGACUUGCUGCAGAUCUACAUGUCAUAAACUUCUAGGUUAGAUCCCAAUCAUAAUUGUCUAUCAUGUUGUGUGUUGUAGCCAUGGAGGUGAAGCGCUUAAUUUUACUCCUUCAUCUCCUAUGCCAAUUGGGUACCAAAAGAGGCCACAUAAACAGUUUAUCAUGAUAUGUAAUAAUCGUUUCUUUGACAUAUUUAUUUUUUCCUCCACGCAAAAAAACCCCAAACCUUUCUGUACUAAAGAUUGGUUGGUAUACUACUACUGCUGUGAUAGUUUUGUAUGCACCUUCAUUCUUUUGUAAUUUUAUUCUUUUGUAUCAUCUGUAGAUAAUGUCAGUAAAAUUUUAAAUAUUAAAAAAUAGGGUUUUGUAGAGCAAGGAUAGUUUUAAAAUACUAUCUGAAUAACGUAGCCCUUCUGGAUAUCCUUUUAUAAAUCCAGAGCGUAACUUCCUGAUUGAAGUGUUCUUGGGAAUUAUCUCCUGCCCUGAGUUUUUGGAGGUACAGACACUGCAGACCUCUAGUGCAAAUCGCCUAUUAAAAUGCAUUCUCUUAAGAUAUUCUCUGGUUUUAAGAUCUCAUUGUGCGUUCUCCUAAAAGAUUGAGAGGUUCUAUACAUUUCCCUUAUGUGAAAAGGUUAAGUGUAUUCAGAACUGAAGAAAGAAAUGCAUUCUAGCCCUCCAUUCUCAAGUCUGGGCAUUGAAUUAACUGUUCAAUUAGAAAUGUCAUUGGUUUAAUACAGUUCUUUUGCUUUUGUUGCCAGUAUUGUAUUUGCCCACUAGGGGGAGCAGUGUUAUGCCCAUGUUUUCUUUAGUCGGAAAGGACAAAUCCCUUUUUUUUUUUUUUUUUUUUUUUUUUUUUUUUUUUUUUUUUUUUUUUUUUUUUUUUUUUUUUUGCUCUGCUGCUCUCGAUUUAUACUGUCUUGUGCACUUGUAACUAUAAGCACCUCCCAUUAUUGGCCCAUUUGUCUUAUUCGAAAGCAAUAUCAGUGCUGGGAGAGAAUCCAGGGUAAUGGCAGCAUGUUAUGAUGUCGUUACAGUUGAAGUCCUUUCAUGUUGCCUAAUGGGGUCUGGUGUACUCAUUACCAGCCCCCACUAUGAAUGUGUCUAUGUGUCUCCCUGUCCACUCAUUAUGUUUUUUUGAAAUAGCUGAAGCUUACAUUUUUCUCCUUUUUUUUAUUUUUUUUUUCUGCAACAAUUUUUUGUUCUCCGUUAGUUGGAACAAUGGAUAUUUUGCACAGUUAACUGAUGCCAGGAUUGCCUUAUUUUACUUCCAAUAUGCUUGGCCUGAAAAAGGAAGUUCUGGGUCUUUUGGGAAAUUUCUGGUGUGGUCCUAGACUGCAAAUCCCAAAAUGCUCUGCUUUGUUUUUACUUGGCUUGAUCUUAAUGCAGAAAUUGUAAAAAAAAAAAUUGAAAAUCAUUCUAAUUUUUUUUUUUUUUCUCCCGUCUGGUAGAUAUCUAUGAGAAUAAAAAUAAAAUAUACAAUUGAAAUUAUAAAUAUUUCGAUUCAUGGCACUGUUUUAAUUAAACAUGUUUACAAGAAUGCAAGUAAUGAUUGGUUUACAAAGUUAAGAUUUAUUUUUUAUUUUGUGGCAUAAAACAUGGAAUUAUUGCAGUUUUACUCUUUCAACCCCCUGUAUAGUCAACAGUCUUUUGUUUGUAUGUAUAUAAUGUAUGUCUCGGUCUGCCUGAGAUUGGUGAGCGUUACUAAGCAAAAUAGUUUCCUGCUGCAUCUUUAAUUCACGCUCUCUCCUUUUAUUGAUAUGCGGAGAGACUGGGUAGAUGGACAGUGACAUUCUGUCUCCCCAUCUUCUCUCAUAGGAUAUUAUUAAAGGGAGAGGGACUGAAUUAAUGGUGGCCGCAGCAAGUAGCACAGAUUCCCUGGCCAACAACUACCUCCCUCAGGCAGAUACCUGAAGCAUGUAUUAUGAGAAAAUGCAAUCUUGAGAUUCUGGAAACAUCCAUAAACCACUUGACCAUUGAUCUCAUGGGUAAUUAUUUUUCCAGACCUGGCAAUUUAUAUUUAUUCUCUUGUAGUACUUUGAUCACUGUUGCAAAUUUUGUAUGAAUAACCUUCAUAUCAUUCAGCAUUUUGCAUUUAAAGGCAAAAAUACAAAUAUUCACUUCAGGUUUUUGACUAUUGUAGUGUUGUACAGCUAUAUUGUACACAAAUGGUUGUAUUUUUCUUAGUUUUUUUUUUUUUCCCCCCUAUAGGUACCCAGACCACUUCAGCUCAUUAAAGUAGUCUGGGUGCAGUGUCCCUGUCCUCCUUAGUAAAACACUGUAGUGCUAAGACUGCCAGAAAAAGUGGUCUACCAGACGGCCACCAAAGGUGCUUCCUGUUUAAGAUUUUGAUCCUCUAUAGACCUCAAUGCCGUACCCUUGUGCAUGUGAGGAAGAUUGCCUCUCCUGCAAGGUGCAGGUUCAGGUAUGUAAAACGUGUCUCUACCGGCCACUGGACCUACAGCAGCAAUGUCACCAUCUCGGGUCUUUGAUAAUUUUACAAAGUCUUCAGACUGUGACCGUUCAGCUUUAAGCAUAGUUAUUAGAUGUAAAUGCACAGGUGUAUGAUAGUGUCAGAUUAGCGUUCUGGUUUAAAAACAAAGCCAAUUAAUGUAGCAGCAUUCAGUCUCUAGGUUUCAAAUCAAUAAAUAUGGUAUUUUAUCCAGUGUUUUUAGAUGUUCUCUAACUACUCUCCUGCUUUCCUCCCCAGUGUAGCUUCGGCCUUGUUGCUGGCCAGUUACGAAGGAAGUCCCCCUCUGAGUAUGGGAGUGUUUGGUCUUCCCAGGACUCUUUCUUGGCCUUCUUUUAUGUGUCUUGUAAUCUAUCCCAGCUGGGCUGCUGUGUGGAAUCUGGCUCGCCUGGCCUCCUGUCCUUUCUCCCUUCUCCCUUCUAGUCUUUUGUUCCUCUGCUUGCUGUUGCUUGACUAUUAACAGCUGAGGGAUUUUUCCAGUUGGGAGCAGUUUACCAAACAUCCCAAAAAGAAUUACUUUAAAAUUUGUGUCUCUUGAUUUUAAUAUUGCUGUAUAAGCUUUACAAAUGAUUUAAUAUUUUAUGGCUACAAUUUUACAAUUAUUAAAUAUUAUGAAACCUAUUUUAAUAUUGUCAUUUUGAUAUACUAAUGAUUUUUUUUUCUUCAUAUUUUAAUAUGUUGAAAGUAUUUAUUUUAAAAGUUCAUCCAAAAAUAUAAAAUCAUUUGGAAAUGUUGUCCAAAACUAUUAAAUUGUGGCCUUAUUUAAAUAUGUAGAGAACCAUUACAAUAUUCUGUUACUGCUGUUUGUAUCACAUAUGAAUGAGUUAGUAACUUUGUUCUGAUUAGUUAAACCUUUCUGAUUGUUUUAAACAUUUUUAGAUCAGAUUGCGUAAUGUUUACGAAGGCUUAUGGGUGUAAUUCAUUACAUUGGUUUCAAAGGGAAAAAAAUUGGAACAUGUGUUGUCAAACUCUUAAAGGAAAACUCCAUGCACCAUAACAGCUUUAUUGAAAUGAAGUGGUCCGUGUGCCAGUAGAUCCUUGGUAUUUCCUUAACCAUAGGGGUUAAACACUUUAUGAACAGUUUAACCCCAAAGUUGACCAUUUAGCACCGUUCCUCAAUGUCCAUGGUUUCUGACAUUCAACUAGUGGAAAGGAUUACCACUGGGCAUGGAUAAUGCUGACUGGCUUGCAUAUUAUAUUAAUUUUUUAUAUAUAUGUAUUGCCUGAUUUGUAGCUGUCCCAAAAAUAUUUUUUUGUUGGGCUACACACAUAUUUGAGAGCUUUGUAUACUAUUCCCAAUUUAGAACAGUAAAUAUCUGACCUUGAAGUGUCUAGAUUUAGUGUCUAGCAUGUUCCUUAAUAAUGCAUAAUGGUUCUCAACGCCAGAUAUGCAUUUUAGUUUGUCUCAGACUCUGUAAAGGACAGUCAAUAAAAAUUGGUCCAUGUCUGGAUCACCAUUUACUUGUAGAGAGGACUCUCUAAGUAUAUGGGGAAAACUCCAGACUACUUGAUAUCUUAAUGUAAAUAAAUACAUCUAAGACAAAAAAACCUUUUGGGCAUCGAUCUACCAUAUGGCCUGGAAAUGAGUGUGUUUUGAGUUGGUUUGUUUUUGUGUUUUUAAUAUUAAAUAUUGUAUUGGCUUUUAAGGGCACAUUACAUUUAUCACCAGUCUUGUCUCGAAAUCCCCCUAUGGACAUAGAAAGAACAGUGUGAUAAACUGUGAUCAACUCUUUCAUGUAAUCUCCAGAAUUGAGUGAUUUAUGCUUCACUUGAGAUGCACGUGGUUUGCCAAACCGCACAUUAAAUCCCCAGUAACUGCUUGCUUUAAUAUUUUCCUUUUGUAACUAUAUAACAAAAUUCCAUUUGGCAUACUGAGCGUGUGUGUGUAUAUAUACAAAUUGUGUGUACAUGCACCACAUUCUUGUGCUUUUUAAGGGGAGCCUUUGAUCAGUCUUCUGGACUAGGAAUACUAAAGAGAAACGCUAUGAGUCCAAUGGCUGCGUGGUGCAGGGAAAGUGAGUUUCAGGAUGUCCCUUGCGGCAGCUGUCUUGACGCUGCUGUCUUCUUUGGCUCCUAGCAAUUCAUUUGUCAGUAGCCUCUUCAGUCUAUGGAGAAUCCCUCAAGACCACUUGUUCCUCCAUAGGUAGCCUGAAUCCCACAGCAGUCAUUUGUGACGGCUGCUGGGAUGGGCUCAAAGGUGAUGGCGGAACUCUGCCUUUUAACUUUAGGCAACCUCAUGGUUUGCCAUAAGACACAGUAAGCCUUACUUUGAUAGACUACCACUAGAGGCAGUCUUAGCACAGCAAUGUAAAAACUAGUUUUUAAAACUGCAGUGUUUUAUGUUGCAGGGUUAGUGGGACAGGCACACUGCACCCAGAUCACCUAAAUGAAAUGAAGAGCCACUUUAUCUAAUUGAAUCACUUUAAUAAUUAAAAGUUUUGGAAGCACAGCUUUAACCGACCCCUCCGAGCCGUCUGGAUAGGAGAGCCUAGACUGGUAAUUACGGUCUCCUGAUGCUGUAGCAUUAGGAAUACAGAUUCUGUAUUCCUAACAAUAUAGUGUCCCUUUAAAACAUCAUUUUUAGAUUUCGAUAUCUUGUUCAGCCAUGACAAUUUUUUUUUAAAUGUAACAAACCUUUUACAUUACAAAACUAACAUAGUUGGGAAAACCUUUAUAUAACUACUAGUUACAUAUCUUCACAUCUUCAAACUAUGCGCGAUUUAUCAAACUGUAACCAUUUGCUAUUUCGGGUUGUGGUUAAAGCUGAUUGGCAACUGGAACAGGGCCUUGCUUAAACUCCACCCAUUGUCAAGAUUUAUCUUGACUGCUAUAAAUAAUAGUACUCACUAGAGUGCUGAACAGAGGGGGGAAAAAAAUAGACGUAGGGAGCUAUAUAGAAGCAUAUUGGAUAACGUUUAUUUUUAUUGUUGACAGAGCCACUUUAAGUGCAUUGAAAUUGCGCUUAUUCUGUUAUUACUGUUUUUAUACGGACUUUUUUAAAUAUAUAUAUAUAUAUAAUAUAGCUCUAUGGAGUCUCAAAGCUUUUCUAUUAGAAUAUACGUUUUCAUAUGUAACUUGACUAGGCAAGUAAAAUGUGGCCCUUGUGCAUAUUUAUGCAAUUAGAUUUUGUAAUUGGGUAAGCAUAAAAGAUAAUGUAUGGAAACCGGAGCAAACUAAAAUGAAGCAUUGUAAUUCUUUAGUUUCCCCACCUACCUGUGCGUGCUGCAGGCCCAACUGGUGACUCCAGUUUCUUCCUCCCGGCAGGUUGUGUUUUUACUGAUUGUUGAAUAAUUGGGAUCACUGCGACCUGUCAAAGGUCACAGUACGUUUCUGGUGGGGUAAAUAUAGUUGUUUUUCAAUAUCUCAUUCCAACAUAAUUCCUUUUGUGUGGUAUAAUGAAACACAUUAUGUAGUUUGAGACAUUUAAACUCCUAAAUCCCAGAUCUUUUCCUUUUGCCACUGCCUUGUGGUGACUGGACAAGAUCUCCAAAAUACACAGAUUUAUUAACGAUAUUUGAAACUCAAGAAGAUUAGUCAAUUUACUAGAUAGUAAGCCUGUUUGAACAUUGUGCUUAACCUACUUUUCCUUAACAACUUCACUAUUUUAUUUCUUGGUGUUUUUAAAUUUUUUUUUAUUUAUUCCGCACAGUAAAAUUGUAAAGCACUACAGAAUAUGUUGGUGCUACGUAAAUGUCCAUAAUGACCGAGACCAUUCAAUCGUGUUGUAAUCCCUAACAAUUGCUCUUUUUCGUGGAACAUAAAAAAUGGUAAAUUAAAGUCUCCACCUCCUAUGUUUAUUUUCAUUUGUGCUCUGAACUUGUCUUGUUUGUGCUACUUGUUAGAUAGCAAGCCUAUUAUUUUCUGUAGGAAAUACAGCUAGCUUCUCUUCUAAAUAUUGGAAGUUGAGAAUUACAAAGUGCUAGUCCUAAACAAAAGUAAUAACUGCUGUAAAGACUGAAAAUAAUUGGCAAAACAAAGAGCAGGGAUGUGUGUUUUUUUUUUUUUGUUUUUAAUCAAAUAUGUAGGACAGGGGUAACAUGUUCUCUUGUCAUUAAGACUAUAGGAACAUGUUUGAAACUGAACCGUCUUGUAUUUGGUCCUCAUGAGAUCUUUUUAAAAUCAACCUUUACUCUCUGACCUUGGUGCUGGCCUCUUUGUUGAGGAGUCACAGGUGGGGGGUGCUGAGUGAAGAAGUGUCCCCAGGACCCCUCGCUACCCACAACCAUAUCAGGGAUCAAAGAGCUGGAAUGUGUUUGGGGUAGAAUGCGGAAUGUUGACCCUGAUGGCUACUCCCUGAUGGCUAAUGAGCCAGAGGGGCUUGAAUGUAGGAUCUAUAGUUUUCUUACAUGCAAGUGAUAUGUGGAGCUGCUGGACCUUGCGACCUUAGAAUGCUUUGGGUAACUUCUUUUCUUAAGGUUAGAUCUGCUAAGAGUUGACGUGUUGGCAUUAAAGCCCAGAGGUUAUUCUGUAUAGCCUGUAAACUAGACUGACUGUGCAGUUUUUUUGAUUCAAACUUUUUUUUCCCUUUUUUUUUUUUUUCCCCCUUUUCUUUUUCUCCUCCCUUAAAUUUGAUGGUCUAUACUUAUAGACCAAGGAAAAUUUAAUAUAGAUUUUUUUUUUUUUUUCUUAUUUUUCUUGGUUUUGCUGUCUAAUAGAGCAUAGGCUUGAAAAUUUACUUGAGGAUCAGAUCAAAGGAGUUCUUUAAGUACCAAACAUGUGUAAGAGCUAUUGAAGACCACAUUCUGGCACACGUGUUACUGAGGGCUUUUGUUUAUUCACCUGCAGCAUGUGUUUUGGGUGCACACUAGGCAUGCAUGGUAGUCACUGGUCAAAUUGAGUGCAAUGACUGUUUGAGCUAUUCUGGAUGCUUUUAGUCUCUGUGGCCACAUUCCCUAAAAUAUCAUGAAAUGUUUUAAAGGAACACUACAAGCACCAGCCUGCAGGGAGUAAAACCCCACAGUGCUGGUCUCUGUUGGCAAUCUCCACCUCCUUGUAUGUUCUCAGUAAAUCCAAUACUAACCCAUAGGACAACAUUGGGAGGCAAAACACGGUUUUACUCUAUUUCUUGGGAAGUGCCACUAGUGUGAGUGACCGUCCGUAGAGGCAUUUAGACCAUGCAAAGAAAACAUUGCUGUUUUUUGCAAAAUGUUUCCAAGUGCAUGGUUAAAAUCUGGAGAAGACAUGGUACCCAGACAACCAUUAAUAUUAAAUGGUUUUGUUGUCGAUUGGGUCCCCUUAAGAAAAUUCACUCUCAUUGAAUGAGAAGAAAAUGUUCAUAAAGGGAAACAUUGAUCCUCCGUACGCUGUAGACCAAAAGCUAGACGCCCAGUCACUCCCAACUGUUGGAUUACAACUCCCAUGACUCGCUAGCUUGAAAGGGUCUCUAAAGUUAUCCAGACCACUUCCACUCAGUGGUCUGAGUGCAGGGACCCUGUCUUUUUGACCAUCCAAUGUACAAAAUUGCAGCUUUUUUUGACAGCCAUUAGAGGUGCUUCCGCUCAAAUAGCAUUGAAUACAAUACAAGAAACACGAUAACAAAAACUUGAAUUUUAUUCAUUAUUAUUGCACACGGGGAUAGGGGUACUUGUAUAAGACUAGGGAUAGGUUUGUAUUUUUAAUGCUAUAAUAUUCUUGUAAUGUAAACCCUACAACCCCACUCCGUAAUAGGUAGUCAAACAGGGCUUAGUUCAUCAGCUGAUCUCUCUCUACCAAUGGGUUAAGCCUUGUUUCCCCAAGCUUGGCUCAGACAGGGCUUUUGGCUUGCUAUCUGCUGUAGUGGAAGCCAGGAGUGGUGCACGGUGGACCCCAGGUAAGUCAAAGCAUUCUAAAACAGUUUGACUACUUACAUUGGGCUCACCAGGGCACUCUUGACACCACAACCACUACAUAACACUAAAAGUGGUUCUCAUUCGCUUUUUAGGUUUAACUCUCUUGAACAAGCACACAUGACUAUUGACUUUGAUUUCUUCUAAAGACAUGCCUACCUUAGCAUGUGAUUGUUGUAUACCAUAGGCCUUGGCUUUUGGUGUUGUAUGCUGUGUGUGGCAGAAUCUUAAAAAAACAAACAAACAAAAAAAAACAUUUUUAUUAAAUGUUAUUACGUUAUUAUAAUUUAUUUAUUUUUUCAUUAAAUUUUUUAUUUUUUUCAAGUGUCAGUCAGUCAGAGGCAGGCACCCAGCUUUGCCUUUCAGCACAGUUUGCUUCAUGUUUAGCUUCCUCGUCUGCUUACCUCGGGCUGGGGGACAUGAAAGGACCUUGAAGUAUGAAAGGGAAGGUUGAAAAUUCACAUUGUGUUGAUUGGCUUUGUGAUGCAAAUUGCUAUAGCGAUGUGCUUUGGAAAGGUGGCAGCAAUGUAUUAUUAUUAUUUUUUUUUACUUUUUAAUUUCUCUUUUGUUUUGUGUUUUUUUUUUUGUGUGUUUUUUUUGGCUGUUUUUCACCUAUAGAACAUUCAUAUUUCUCCCUCCUCUAGCAGAACGAUCAGCCGUUUUGAAUUCUCUGCUUUAGAAAGAUGUAUAAGGUUGGCAGAAAUAGGCCUACUACAUUGCAUGAGCUUAUGUCAUUUUUUGCUCCUUUUCUUUUUCCCUGUUGCCCCGUUUGGGGGAGCACUUCCAGUGCACAAUAGACAGAACCUAAUUGGAUUGGAGAUGCUUGCUUUCAUCUCACAAUGGCACAAGAUCUGUUGGCGAAAAAUGCUUUUCUUAAAACCUGCCGCAACUGAAAAAAAAAAAUUGAAAUGGCAAACUGUGAGCAAGAAGAUGGCUCAGGCAACUCACAUGUGGCUUUUAACCCCUCUAUUGCCAGAUGGUCUCUACUACUUAUACUUUUUGUGCCUGAUGGCGAUCCUAUAAUUUUGGCUAGAAGAUAGGUAAUCUAUGUCUAAAAUGAAACUGAUGCAGUUGCUAUAAAUCUGCUUUUAAGAUUUUGACUACUUUCUGUAAGGAGCUACAUUAAAGAGACAUUGCAGGCUGUAGUUGACCUCUUUAGUUUUAAGUCAAUAUGGAGUUAAUAAUGCAUAUAAACCUCUACCUCCUGUAUCUUCAACAGCUACAGUCUGCAACUUUUUCAGGCACCAGUAAUGCAUUUUUCUAUUCUUCUUAUUGAAAAUACAGAGUGUAUUUUGUAAAUCCUGCCAAGCAGAUGUUGAUUUAAUAUUUAAUGGAGCACUUGGCAGUUGUUUCCUUCAUGAAAAUAUAUAAAUGGGGAAAAGGAACCACUGGGCAAGCUUAACUGUAUGAGAUAAAAGGUCAACUAUGGAUGCCUUUUAUCUUUUUAUAAAGGCAAGAGUUUAGGAUUCUUGCAUUCUCUCAAGGCUAGUUUGAUGGUUUUUGCACAACCAAAACAUUGAAUUUGUCCCGUCAGAAACUGUGCACUUUCUAUAUGAUGAUCAGGCACUUAGUUGGUUAAAACAAGACUGCUAGUAGUUUUCUAAAGAUUCUGCCAGGAUCCCUGGAUGUGGCACUUUUGCUUCUAUGGUAUUCUGCUUGGUUCUCCACAGAUAUUGCACACAUGCAAUGCUGGCAUUUGUGAUAUACUGUGGAAGAUGUUUGUUUGAUACAAAAAGGCAAGAUGUGGCUAAGUAAGCUGCUUGAAAUUCCAUCCAAUUUGCUAGAUUUUCCUAAAAAAAAAUCUGUACCUACAAAAGAAAUAGUAGACUUAUUUUUUGUCUUGUGUAGAUUUUCUGCAUGUGUUAGAAUUUUAAUGACUUGCUAACUCUUACAUUAGUUUUCCAUGUAGACGGUUAUUAAGAAACAACUCAAGAAAUGACAGGGCCUCUUUAAGUAAAUGUCUUGCGAUUCUAAAAUAGAGCUCCCACAAUGAGAAACCGUCUCGUGUGCAACCUGUCCUAGUGAUGAAGUUGAUGUCGAUGCCUCCAUUUCUAUGCACUCGCUAUUUUAAAACCAAGACACGAAUGAAUCUCCUUUCUCACAUUAAUAAUGUUUGUGUCUUUGUGAGUGAGUGACAGCGUAGGCUUGCCAUUUUGGAGUACAGUGAGUAAGGGGCUCCCCUUUCUCAGGACUGCCGUGUUGGAGAGUUUUCAGACCUCUGUUUUAUCACAGGGGAGGUGGUCCUGAGGGUCUCUUUCUCUAUUCUGCCAUGCAAAAGGUUUAUUUCCAAAAGCUGUGCUGCUGACCCCAUGCUCUGCUCUUGUCACACCCAUUAACCCCAUCAGCUGUCGCCCUUUCUUAAUCACAUGCCAAAGCAGAUGAAAGCACAGUGCGCGCAAACUCCUUGCCAGACAGACCUUUCUAUAACCGGCACUGAUGAUCUCAUCCGGUCAUCUGAUGUCAUGUGCUGUCGGUGUUGUAGGCCUGUGAAUCUUUCUGCUUUACAGGCUCAUGCAAAUAGAUCGUCACGUGGGCCAGAAUAUAAUUUGCUUUAUUUAGUAUCUGCAUUUGAAAAUCCAUUGCUGCCAUAAAACAAACCCAUAUUUUCAACCAAGCAUUUUAUAUACAGCUUCCAAAAUCACUUUUCUGGUUUAAUAAAUUGUAGGAGAGGUUUAGCCAGGCAGACACAAAGUCCAUUAUCUUCAGUUACUUAGUUAUGCUUGUAACCUGCAUGCCUUCCAUCCCAUAGCAUGGCUGCCUUAAGGGGCCGCACCUCCCUUCCGAAGUCCUUUUAGAAAACCCUGUCUUGUAUUAUUUUUUUUUAGGCUCUCAAGAGAAGGUAGGGGGCUUUGUGAAAUUUGUCAUGGUCCCUGCACUUUAUCCAUCUUCUUAAAAUAAAGAAAACUGGAAGGGUACUUGGGGGGGGUUGGAUAAUGCCCUGCUCCCUCCUCCUGUCAGUCUUGUUCAGAGCCCUCUCACUCUCAAUGAGUUUUUGAAUAGAAAUCUGCAGUAAUUGGAUGCAAAUUAUACAGAAGAAGCCUGAGGCUGCAUGGAAUUCCUAUGGGGGGGGCAAGGGUAUAAUUAAGAUGGAAGGAAAGCUUGAAGAAAGGGGUGGGAAGAGCAUUCAUUUGCUUUUUAAUCCUUUUAUUGUUUGCGAGGAGGUGUGCAAGUGUAGCCUGCAUGGGCACCACACAUACCCAUCUGUGUAGAAGGAGUUAAACACCUGGCACUGUGUGUAAGAUGAUGUACAGUGGUAUAAGACUCUAGGUAUAGCUGCUUCUUUAACCCUGUAUUGCUACGAAGGGCAUAGAAAGGUAAUGUAACUGUUGAACUGUUUGCUGUGCCCUCUGCACCUGCCUCAUAUUAUACAUACACAACAGCUCUUUGUGUUACAGGCUAUGCGUUAAAGUUGACCUCUCAACUUAAGGAACAUUACAUUAAUCAGUGGUGCACAAACGGCCUAUGUUAAACCGCUGAACCCCUUCAAGUUAAGACUUUUUUUUUUUUUAUAUAUUUUUGCACGCCUAUUUAUCGCCUGUGUUUGCAACACUAUACGCAAGGUUCCGCUCUUUCAUUGGACUCUUCUUUUAAUGUUUGUUAAUGGUGUAGGAGUCAGGAAAGCAUGAUUUGUGAUUUGAAGGAAAAAAAUUUUAACCUAUAAAUCUUACAUUAGAGGAACACUAUAGGGUCAGGAAUAUAAUUUUAUUUUUUUUCCAGCACAACACGAGUUGGCCGCGCUGACACCGCCCCAAUCUGCCUCCUUGGAUGAAAUGAUCAGAAUUGGGGGGGGGAGGGGGAGAAUGUUGCACUGCGCAGCUUAGAAUCUCCUCAUAGAGAUGCAUUGAAUCACUGCAUCUCUAUUGGGAAAGUUCAGGGCCUACAUGCAGAACGUAGAGACGCUAAACGUCAGUGCUGAAUGUUGUGCGGUACUGACCCAGGAAACGCAUCUAAUGGCCAUCUCCGUGACUGUCACUGGAGGUGUCACUAGGAAGCAAUGUAAACACUGCUUUAUCUCCGAAAAGGCAUUGUUUACAUUAAACUGCCUUCAGAGACUGACUGUACACCCCAGAACAACUACAUUAAGCUGGAUUUGUUCAGAUGACUAUAGUGUCUCUUUAAGGAAAGUCAUACGAGAACUACGUAUCAUGUGUUUAUCUGAUAUGCAAGAACCUUGUUUAUGUGCUAACAAUUUCUGGGCUACAAUAAAGGUUUGAUGUUUGAAUAGUAGUGAUCAUUACAGCUUAAUUCUAUGUAACAUUUAACUAAAAUGAUCCAAUGUGUACAGGGUUCGUCACGAAAGUUAGAAUUGUAGAUAAUUUUUCACAUUUAAAGCCAGGAUAGCCAAACUGGAAAAAUUCUCAAAUCUAUGCUUCCAGUUCAACUACUUUGGUCUUAAAUUUAAAAUUAAUCUUGAAUCCUUGACAAUUCUCACUACUUUAAUUUUUUUUUUUUUUUUUUUAAGAGUUAUGUUCUAAGGGGUGGAUACUACCUAUUGAUAUUGGUAUCUCCACCUGAAUUACCUGUAAUAUACUUCAUAUGAGUCAGUGCUGGCACACAGACAGUGUAAACAAAUAAGUGCUGUAUAACAGCUGCUAAAUGUGCUCCAAAACACUAAACUGCUUCUGUGCAGUGCUGUCUGUUAAGGGGUUACCCUGCUUGGGAGAGCAUACCCCCAUGUGUUUGUUUUACAAGUUGCAGAGGAACUUCCCAUUCUGCAAACCACCUGGGUACAGCUUCUGUCUGAUUGUUGGCCAAUAGUCAACAUGUUCAUUAGAAAGGGCAAUUAUUAAAUCUUGCCAUUUUAUAGUGCCUUGUGUCUGUUGCAGGUCUGAGGGAAAGGACACAAGUAAAAUACAGCCUUUUUAAAUUUCUCAUCAAAUCUGGAUUCUCUUAAACUUCCUUAUGUCAUGGCCUACUUUACAUGAGAACUUUUUAUUUUUAUUUUUUUAUUUAAUACAUCUCACUUGCUUGUGUGGGACACUGCAGAUUCAGUGUUUUUUUUUUUAUUUUUUUUUAUUUAAAAGAGGAUUUACAAUGUCAAAACAGUAAUUUCAUGCUAACAUUGUGUAUGAACGGAGCGUAGAUGUUUAAUACGUAUAUUAUCUGCAGUAUACAAUACAUUUUGCAUAGUGUAAAGUAUCUCAUCCUCUAAAGGUAACAUUGGACAUUUAGACAGAUGAACUUUCCAUAAUUAAUGCAACACAUAGUCAAAAUUUUACAUAGUUCUAAAUCACCUGUCUAUAAAUUAUACAGAAGGGAAAGCAAAUGUUUCCCCUUUCUAAGAUUUAUUUUUAUUUUUUUAUUUUUUUUUCAUUAAGGUUCUGUAGAGUUUCUCCAUAUCAUUACCCAGGUAGGGCACUUACUGGUUAACAAGGUGUAAUUUGAAUACGGUGUUUACACCAUGAUUCUGACAAGAGCUGUAGCGUUCACACGAGGAACCAGAGCAGAGAGGUGGGUCUGCACACCUGGUUUACAUGCUUAUUGCUUUGGUGUGAGGAAAGGCAUGCACAAACAGUACAGAUUCAUUGUGUGCAAUACACACACUUGUUGUGAAAUGUUUUACACGGUAGUCCUAUCGGCCCAACUCAUAACAGAGAAACCGUGGUGGGAAGCAUCCAUUUCCUCUGGUUUUACCUGCUCUGCUUGGAUAGAGGCUACCAGACCAGAGAUGGAAGCCUUUCUGUCUGAGUUACACCACAGCACUAGUCAGCAAAGAGUUGGUUGAUUUUUGUGAUUUCGGGAACAGCUUUGCAGGGACAGUCCGUUCCAUUUGACUAGAGGAAAUAUUAAUCAAAAAUUCCAACAAAAAAGUAGAAAUUUCUGGUUAAAUGUUCACUUUAUUGGGUAACCCUGACAAUCUAAAGUAAAUUUUGAAAUCGAGGUAAAAAUAGCCAAACUGGAAAAUCCUCUAAGUUCGUUAUGCUUCCAGUUCCACUACUUUGGCCUCAAUUUAAAUUCACGUCAGGUUCACUUUGAUUUGUCACUUAAUCAAUAACCCUGUGUGUACUUGAUAAAAUACAACACUGUCACUUUUUAUGUGUACAAUCUCAUAUGUACAUGGUUCUUGCUAAAUUAAUAGAAUAUUUAUAGAUUUAGUCUUUUUUAUUUAUUUAUUUUUUAAGCAAAUAUUUGAGCACUCAUCCUAGAGGUAAACACUGCAUUCACUGCCCUUCACAAAAUCCCAAAUGCUGCGCCCCGCAUGGCCAGCAGCUAGUUCACUUACUUUCAUCUGGCAUUAGUGUGAACCAACUGAAAAGUUUCAUAAAAUCAGAGCUCCCACAUGCAAAGCACUCAAAGAGGAAAGGGAGAGGCUGUGCCAGCUUUAAUAUUUUCCGCACCUAUGGUUACAUGGCUCCUCCCAGGUUUGUCAAACCCUAACCAAAUCUAUAGUCCAUUUUAUUUUAUUUUAUUUAUAAAACAUAAUGCAGUCACACAACAUUGGGCAGACUGUAUCUGCUCUAAACAGAUGUUUGUCAAUUUAAAUUAUAGGAUUUUUUUUUUACUUAAUACAUUCACACGCUCUCACAGAAUCACGCAUUCCUAGCCUCUGCGGGAAUUCGUCUCCCAUACAGGGAAUGAGGUAAGACGAACGAUUGCAAAGUUCUUUUUCUUUUCAGAUGCUGUUAGAGGAGGUGGAUAAAGGGAGGGGGUUAGAGGCUGUGUGUGUGGAGGGCUGGGGCAGAAAGAAGGUUCUUGACAGGAAAUGACAGUAAGGGAACAAAAACCUUGGAACACAGUGACUGACAGCCUGGAGUUUUAAUUGGAGCAGAAGAGGAGACAAUGAGACCAGAGUCUGUUGUCUGAAGCUCACAUGAGUUCCUGAUGGAAAUCCACUCCGUGGACCCUUUAUACGUUCUACUUUAUCAGACCACAGUGCACUGCUUACCAAUACAUGAUGGUGUUCAUUUGUAGAUUUAAUAGCAAAACAUUCCCCCUUAAUUAUAAAUGAUUUUGUUGCAGUUUCUAGUUGCAUGUGUGCGGUGUUGCUGCAAAAUCAUGGACAUACGGGUGCAAACGCAUUCCCAGUUUGUUAUAUUUAUCUUCGCUACCCAUACACAGGCUUGCUUAUCUGUUCCCAAUUCUCGAAAUUGCAAUAACUACAGUUCUGGAAAUUGUAAAUCCCAACUACAAAAAAACUUUUUGAAGAAUACACAUGUGUACUUACCUGUGGCCAUUAAAAUGAAACACUCCAGUAGAUUAAUUUGGUAAAGUGUCAAUGCAUUUUGCAUUGUUGGUUUUCUUGUCGAGACCAAACUGCUGUCAAUGCAGACUUUGUUUGCAGAUCUCAUUUUUUUUUUUUCUUAAAAAAAAAAAUAUACAAUCUGACUCUCCCUUUUGAGAAGGGAAUGGCCAUGGAAAGAUUAUAGGAAGUAGUAGGGGGCUUGGGGUGUUAGAAAAGGAGCAAAGGUUACUAUGGAAACCACUUUCUGCCUCACUGGUGCAUCUUGUAAAUCUAUUUGGAAACCAGAAAGUGGGUGUGUAGGGAGCACAUCAAUAGAGGCCGGUGUGUGUGUGUGAAAGAAGAGAGCUUAAGUGUGUCUGUGAAGGGGAGCCCCGUGAAUAAGCACAGAGAGCAGAAGCACAAAGAGAGCUCUGCCUGUCCCUUGUCUUGGACAGUCCAUUAAGAGUCGCCCUUUAACCCUGGACAAUAGAGCUAUACUUGUCUCAAGUAUAUAGGCUCGUUCGAUCUCCUAGUCUUGGCCUCUGGGUGGGGUUAUUUUUAAUUAGCAGGGAUGGAGUUUGGUUCUCACAGUAAAGAUGCUCUCCGCCCCAGUUUUGUACCUCUCUGCAUAAAAGAUCUUGUAACUCUGAGCAGCCGCUCUAGAAUUGGAGAGUAAGUAAAGACUGUGGCUGACUGUUCUGUUUCUAUAGGGAAGUCUUGUAUCAUAGCAGCGUGCCCCUUGACAAUGAUCACUGUUAUUCAUUGAUACACAGGAUCUCUAUAGCUUUCAGGAGUCUGUUUAGUAGGUUAUUGUGUGGAAGGGUUCUUGUUAGUGCUGUGCUCAGUAGUACUUUAUUUCAACAUGCAGCAUUGGGUGAUGUAAUUAUGGGUUCGUAUCAGUUAUUAUUUUAUUAUUUCUACAGCGCAAUCAGAUUGUUCUAUGCAAUAGUGAAAAAAAUGCUAUAGAUUUGUUUGUGGGGGCAUUAAAGUAGAUUUUUUUUUUUUUAAUAGUUAUCUAUUCAUUUUAGAUUAAAAAGAAACAAAAAACAAACAAAACCCUUGUAUGCAGCAAGAUCCUGCUGCCGUACAAUCAAUCUCCCACGAUGUUACACUGACUGCUCAAAUUCUGCUCACAGAGAAGCGUUGUGAACGAGAAGCACAUGCAUAGCAAGUGCCUUACUUCUCCAAGCCAAUGCUCUUUAUGAGAAGCACUGAUUAAAUCAGUCUGAUUUUUGAUUUUUUUAUUUUUUUUUAAUUUUUUUUUUGGUACCAGUGGAUGCACCCUCUAGGGGCUGUCAAGAAUACUUCUCUAGAGUUGUGUUUAGCCCUGCAAUGAAAAUAUUGCCAUACCUACAAAACAUGUUGUUUUUUUUUUUUUUGUUUUUUUUUUUUUUAAACAUUGCUAGGCUAAGAUGACAAGGACACUGCACCCAGACCACUUGAGUGAUAUGAAAUGGUUUGGGUGCUAAUAGAGUCUAAUUUUAGCGUACCAUUAGAGAGCGUUUGAUUAGGCAAGAAUGGGCAUUAAUAUAAAAGAUGAUGCUCGCAAGGUAAUGCUAAAUAAAUCCAUAAUGGCAGGGGUUGCAGAGAGAAAAAAGAAAAAUACUCAAACCUGAUGACUCAUUAUGAUUGGUUUUAAAUGUAAGCCACAAUUUGCUUCCUGUGACUCAACGCUUUACUUGUGUGGUGCACUUUAAGCAAAUGUUUUAUCCGUUUAUAUCAGAAUACAUAUUGUGAGCCCUGGUGAUCGAUUUUAGAACUCCAUGUAGGUAAACUCUUCUUAUGGUCUAAAAUUAUAAAAUCGUUCCAGGUAGCUGGAUUGAGGAGAUCCCCGCUUGGCUAGCUGCCUUGGAAUGUGUUCACAAACACUAGUAACUAGGUUGUUAAAACACUUGGCAGAAAUGCCUGCUUUUAUCCUUCCUCCAUGUAUGAUUAGAAAGCACUUUUUAUAGUGGUGUAUUUUUUUUUAUUUUUUUUUAUUACUUUUUAUUUAUUUUUUUUAAUCUUUACUUGAGGUGGGGAAUUAACCAAAUGUAUACAAUUGUCAGGUUUUCUUUUCUUUCCCUUUUUUUUUUUUUUUUUUUUUUAAAGGGCACUUACUACUUUCCCAUGGCUCUUGGGGUUUAGACAUGUACAGUGUUUGCAUUUGUGUGUUCCCCUCCACAAAGCGUGUUUAGGACCCUCCAGAUGUGUUUAGAAAAGCAACCACUGCUUUAGAAGAAGGCCUCUAAGUUUUCGAGUUCAUGGGAACUGAAUAGCUGUGUGUAUAUAAAUAUGUGUGUGUAUAUAUUUGGUUUUUUCAAUCAUUAAAAUAAUUUCUCUGAGGUUCUUAAUCCAUUCAAUUUAUCUGUAGCCGCAGAACAUUAUUUUGUUUCUUCGAACUGUUGGAUUAGGUCAUGUCGGACAUUCUGACAUUAUGCAAUUACUAUGAGCAUUAAAGGGCUUUUACUUUUCAUGGGUGAUGGAAGCAUCAAAUUGCUUGGCGCACCUUUUACAGGGCCAGUAUAACAUUUGCAGGCUGGGUCCUGUUUUUGUAAAGCCCAUUAAACUGUUUAAGAGUAAUGAUUCUCUGUUAAAUCCUUGAUGGUUGUUGUGCUUUGGGUGCAGAGCUUUUUCAUGAAGGCGUAAGAAGCCUAAACAGAGCCUCAUCAGACAUGUCAUACCGCGCCUGUAAUGGCGCACCAGUAAUCGGCCUCUUUCAUUGGAGCCGACCUUACGUUUGUGUGUGUUUUUUUUUUUUUUUGUUAAUGUUUUAAAUGUAUAACUUAAGCUUUUCAGUGGAAAGGAAAACUGUGAGGCUCAAUUUUACUUGCAAAACUCACUGUUAGAGACUUGAUCAGAAUAGUUUGAUAUUAUUUUUGCUUUUACCAGCGGUUGAUUUAAAAAAAAAAAAAGUUUGUUUUAUAUUUUUUUACUUCUACCAAGAUUUAAUGUUAUGUUGAACAUAUGCUUUGCGCCUACUUUCUGAAGAGAAUCAUGGUUGUAUCUGUUUUUUAUUAAAUCCGCUACCUGCUGAUGUUCUAGCCAGGUUUAUAAAGUACAAUUGAUAAUGGUGUUACAAUCUUUGACUGCAUUAUAGCAUAAUUCUGCAUUUAGACACUCACAGUUGAAUAAAUUAGGAUAGUGAUGGCUAAUCAUUGUUUCCCCCCAUGAUGUGUACUAUAUUGCCCCUUGGUGUGCUAUCGGAUGUUCAGUUUGAAGAAAAAACUAUUUUAAGAUUUGAUAUGUAGUCUCUCUCAAAAUAGUAAAAAUAUCUUACUAUCAGACUCCCUCUUGUGAAGUCUCUAGUCCAUGAUUUGCUUGUUUUACUAGAUGAAGUUUGUCACUACAACAAAAAUUUAUUUAUAAAAAAAAAAAAAAAAAGUUUAGUAACGCCCCUUGUGCUUUAGCAAUAAUUGCUGUUCUGAUGUCUUGUGGCUGCUAUACUUGCUAUAUGUUGGCGCUUAAUGUGUCUGUCUUUGGUUUUAGUUGUGAAAUCUGUCCUUGCCUUGGAGACUGUUCCAUGAGCCAACUGCCGAGUACAGUCAAAGAGCAAGUUUUACCUAUGAGUGCAGCCUGUAAGUUCCUGCCUGGUUGAAUGGGAGCUUUCUUUUCAUAGCAAAUAAACUCCGUCUUAUUGGCUGGUUUACCACUAAGCCCUACAUUUAAAAAAUAAAAAAUUAGAUAUAGAUAUUUUUUUUUAAUAUAAAUAUAUCAAACUUGACCUUAAUUUGAGUGCAUUCUCAACUUUUCUCAGAUCACCUUUUUCUUUUCUUUCAACAAAUCUUUACCUCCUAAAGACUUUAGCAUCUGUUACCUGUCUGCGCCCUCCUUCCCGAAACCUGUUGGGCUUCAGGCGAGGCAUCGUAGGGGUGCUUAUAGAUCCCUUGCUAGCAAUUUUCUUGGCUCUGGUGAGUUUUUGUUCAUCUUUCUGUGCCCUGUUGCCAACUGGCUAAGCUGUCCCACCCCCUCUGUGCCAGUCUUUAUGCGGCUGAAUGGGCUAGGAAUGUAAGCUGCAUUACAUAGCUUUGAUCGUUAACGUCCCCACUUCAUAAGGAUAAGGGGAGUUGUGAGCAGUUGAGAGGGGGGCUUGUUUAGACUCUCCCGUAUGCAAAUGGGAGGCAUUGAGAGCUGUGGAACGUAAUGAGAUAACACGGCUUUAGAGACCCCAGCACAAUUGUUGAAAUCCUAAAACAAAAGCCAGGCCGGGACGUGAAAGGGAUUUGUCAGGCGGAGGCUGGGGGGAAACCUUGUUCUCUCUCUCCCGACACACACACAACAGAUUUCUUUCCCACCCCCAAUGGAGCCAAAGACCCUAAGGAUAUGCUAAUUUGGUGCUUUAAUAUUCAUGAACUUGUUAGGCAGAGGUUACUCCUGCCUGGCAAAUCCUACCCAUUCUCACAAUGAAAUAUAUAUUUUUCUAUUUAACUCAUUCUAGGAGUGUCAGCAGAUAAAGCCGUAACACUUGUUUGACUUUACCAUAUUGGUGUUGUGUGAUUCGGACCACUUGUUUUAAUGUAGAGGAACUACAAGCAUUGCUUCUGCUAAAUUUGGUCUGAGUUCAUCAGCCCAUCUUCCUAAAGGAUGCUGUUGGUGUGCAAGAAUUCGUCCACGAAAAUAUACGAACACACGCACCCAGGUUCAUGCCUGUCAACACACACAUUAAAACACACACAUUUAUCACACAGCUUGUGAAUCCGGACCAGCAACAAAGCGUUUCUUGUUUACCCAACUCCAAGGGAUCAUUUUUCAGACCUCACAAAUCCCCUCUUCACCUUUCCCAUCAGAAAACACCUCCCUGAACAAUAAGAAAAUUGGGGCCUGCCACCUGAUAGCUCUCCCAAGGAACUAGUGAGAGAGGAAUGUGGCUCUCUAACUGGCUCCUGUGAGACAGCCUUUGUGCUCAGUGUCUGAAUCUGCUGGGGGACGCCCUGCCGAGGCUUUAUUCCUUCCCCCCGGAGACUGCAAUAUAUAUGUUUUGUGUGUAGAAAUAUAUCUUUUCUAUAAAGCUGACUGCCAAACAAGUCAGAUAUUUAACUGCUUCAAGCCCUUCUAGACACAAGCAUUUUACUGUAACUUCGGACCAUGCACUUGUCUUUGCGUUUUCCGCCAACCCUGAUUUAUGAUCUGUGAAUGGGGGGGGGGUCUUGCUUUUUCUGUGUGAGAUGCUGUACACUUCAAUUUGUAUGGGAAAGCCAUUCAUAUUUUUGAAGAAUAUAAAUUGUAUUUUAAUUUUUUUCUUUUUUUUUUUUCUCCAGUUGAUUUUUAUUUGUAGUCAUUAAAUAAAAUGCCACACAUUUUUAGCCCCAUAUAUAUAUUUUUUUUGUUAAGUUAGUAGGCAGUAUGUGAUUUAUUGCCUUUGUUUUAAUUCGGUUCUGGAGUAGCUUUAUGUCACCUACUAGCAUACAGUAUGCGUGUUUCACCUCUCCAGGGAAUUUACCCAGUUUAAUCCUGAAAACACUUUUACAUUAAUUUAUCCUUGUGUGGCUUUCGGCAAUGCCUGAUGGAAUUCUAGACCUUGGGUACUGCUCAUUUACUACGUCAUACAGAACAGGCUGCUGCUUAUGAACGUCUUUCAGGGAUAUAGCUCUGCAUAUGAUUUCCCCAUGUUUCUAUUUGAGUACAGCAACCCUGUCAGCCUUCAGACAUUUGAGACCUCAGUCGGCCUCUUAAUUUUUGAAGGUCAUUAAGUAAAAGGUUCUAUCCUUGACUUUUCACAACUUGUUUUUUUUUUUUUGUUGUUUUUUUGCCUUGUUAAAGAAUAUCCAUACUCCCAGCUCAGGUAAUGACCUCAAGAGAUUUAAUAUAGCCAUUAUACCGCAUAAGGACCGUUCCUUCGAUGAAUGUGUCGUCAGGUAAAUAACUUUAAUCAAUAUAAUCCAUCUACCAAUUGCUUAUUGCAUUUUAUCUGUCUGCAGAAUUCAGGAGAGUGGAUAGAUCACUUCUGGCCUGUGGCUCCGGAGUCUGCAUUGUUCCAGUAACAAAGCUACAUUUUAAGUGUCUCAGAGCUUUGUCCAUUAAUGUUCCUUACUAUAGAGCCCCAUCUUUUCUGUUAUGUCUUUUAUUAGAUGUCAACACAUUCUACAGUGCUGCGCUAAGAUUCUGAAAUAUUUAACGCCUCAAAUAUUACAUUUAUCGAUACAAUUACACAGAGUUGAGUCUAGCACAAUAGCAUUCACAUAGAAGGGGGUGGGGGGAUUUAUUACAUAAAGUUCUCCUGUAGUGUAUGGGUUUAAUAUUGCACAUAUCUGCUGUUUGGAUGAUAGAUUUGAAUUUGGUUUUUUUUUUUUUUUUUGUUCCAUAAAUUUUAUCCCUUCAGGACUUGUCAGCACCAGAAGGGGUUAAAGUCCUCUAACAAAACAGUUGAAUUUUCAUGUUUUGAGUAGAGGGACAGUUACAAUCACAAUACUGUAUUUGGUUUCAAACCAGACUUUCGAGAUACCACCAUCACAAAAAUGCAUAAACUUUUUAGUCUUUGUAAUGUGUGCGUUGGGGGUGGGUCUGUUCCUUGGAAUGUGGCGUUAACUGACAAGGGUUUUGGAUUUGUUCACAUUGUUCCCGCAAAUAACAUCUGUGUAGGGACAAGCAGCGUGUGUACAGAAAGCUGCAUAGCCUUGGAGAAACCUGGUGUUUAUGCAUUGGUGGAUUGGGCUGCUACCUUUUGCCUGAGCAAAGCCUGAAGGGUUCAGACAAGCACAGUGAGUCACAUCAGCUACCUGUCUGCACUCACUGAACUGGCUGUCUGAGCAAAACAAAAUACAUCCUCCAUUAUACUAUUACCCCACCCCUUCCUCCACCUCUCAUUCAUAUUUAAGAAAUUGAUGGUACUCUUACCAGUUUGCUUCCGUUUUUAACUCUUCACUUCCCAGUUGUCAACUCUCACACGGUGUAGGAGCCAUCCUUUAUUGUACACAAGACAAGGAAAGACUAUGGCUAGAGCUCCCCCCUCCCUCCCCAGUGUGUGCAUUGGUUAUACGUGUUUUGCAUUCAUGGAUGGAUGUUUUUUUGGGUUCUUCCAGGUUAAUGCUGUUGCAGGCUGGUGUUCUGAUCCUCUGCUGAGUUCACUGUAAAACCAUGGAGUGCCUUGCUUUUUUUUUGUUUUCCCCUCAUUCAUUUGUGCCUUGCAUUGACUGACAUCCUGAUAAUUCUGGAAGAUGGGAGCUACUUAUAAAAUGUCAUUCUGGAGCAAUCCCUGUGGAAAACAAUGGAAUGGUCCUGCUGAUUUUCUCCAUUUUAAGAACUGUUCCCCAGCUUUACGCUUCAGAAAGACCAACUUUGCCCUCCCCCUUUUAAAAAAAAUAAUAUAUAUAUGUCACGAUGAACAAGCCUUUGACACCAGCAUGAGAAAGUUUCUCUCUUGUUUAAAAAGCCAGAUAUGAUGUACUGCACUUUAAAAAAGUUAAUCUGGAGCGAGGACAAAACAGCCCCUAAACAGAUUAUAUUAGGAACCUUAAAAAAAAAAAAAUCUAUAUCUAUAUAUCUAUAUAUAUAUAUCUAUAUCUAUAUCAGAUAUAGAUUUUUUUUUUUUUUUUUUUUAAGGUUCCUACUAUAAUCUGUUUAGGGGCUGUUUUGUCCUCGCUCCAGAUUAACUUUUUUAAAGUGCAGUACAUCAUAUCUGGCUUUUUAAACAAGAGAGAAACUUUCUCAUGCUGGUGUCAAAGGCUUGUUCAUCGUGACAGUGUUCCAGCCCCCUACCUGUAUGAGGAAGGAUAGGGUGUGUAUGCUGACACUUUCUGGGAAGAUCUUGCUUGCCCGGCCUGUGGUAUGCCAACGCCCCAGUCUCCGUACAGCUUUUGUUAAUAUUGGGUACUGUCCAAAUGCCAAACCCCGUUACUCCUUGAGUUGUUUGUUUCUGGGUUCGGUAUUUCCCAUUGCUGCAGGCAUCUGAUGUUCUCAUUCUCAGACUUUGUAUUCACACAUCCAUUUUCCUUUUCUCAACCUGUUCUGCUAAAUGUAUUUACUUUUCAUGUACCAAGCAACACAGACUGCGCUGAUUUUGGCCAAAAAUGUAAGGAUUAACAUUAAGGCCUUAGAGAUUGGUAGUUUUAUGUAUUUGGUGCAAUAGUAAAGGAAAAGGUGCUGCUACUUGGUAUUCUGUGUCUGAUAGACACAAGUUGAGUUUGCCAUCUUUGAUUAGUGGACAGGAGCAUUAUAUUGAAACUGUUAAUAUGUCAGUAAUUUGGAAAAUAAAGUCUUUAAUGUUCUUUUCUGUUUGCAGGUUUUUAUCUGGAAAAGGCCUGGUUAUUUAUCCACAGAUUGGCGACCGUCUGGACAUAAUCUGCCCCAAGGGGGAGCAAUCACGGCCCUACGAAUACUACAAGCUGUACAUGGUCCGCAAAGAUCAGGCAGAAUCCUGCAGCACAGUUAUGGACCCUAAUGUGUUAGUAACCUGUAACCAGCCAGAAAAGGAGUUCCGGUUUACCAUAAAGUUUCAGGAAUUCAGCCCCAACUACAUGGGCCUGGAGUUCAAGAAACAUCACGAUUACUACAUUACAUGUAAGUGUGGGUAUGUGGGCAACUAAUGUACAGUGAUGUGAAUGAGAAUACAUUCCUAUGCUUUGUCCAGUUUGCAAACUUUAAAUGUUAUUUGCCAUAUUAAUCCGUUAUCAGUUGCAGUUUAACUGUUCACUGCCCGGCAGCUGAUACAAUUACAUUUUUUUUUAUUUUUGGUACAUUAUCUGUAUAAAACACUAAACACUAAACAUGCAUACAUGUAAAGUCAUCUAAAGCAUUAUUUCCCCCUUUUAAGUGUUGUGAUGAGACUGUAUUAUGUAAGGUCUGAAAAACAAUAAAGUUGACUUUUUUCUUUUUUAAUAUAUAUAUUGUAACACAGUUUAAAAAAAAAAAAAGAAAAGAAACAGGGACACUGUUAGCUUUGUACAUGUGGAAGACCAAGAACUUGAUAGGAGCUGUAUGUUGGCGCCAUUCUCUAGAACGUGCGCACAGUAUUGGUUUUUGUUUUGCACCAAACUCGAGUUGUCAACUUGACAUCUAAAAACGUAUUAGGCUCUCCAGGUGCUUCCCUUCCUGUGAUGGGCAAACAGAUAGUACUAAAGACAAUAGACCUGAAGGAGCAAAUCUGAGGUCAUUAUAGGACUGUGUGUACAUUGAGGGCAGUAUGGCAUUUUUUAACCCUUAGGUGUGGUUUUGAGAAAUUGAUCACACUUUUAUAGAGUACCGUAAUUCUGGUGUUCCUGACCAGUAUCUCCACAAACUCUUUAUCCUCUCUGAUCUAAAUUUAUUACAGUCAUUUUGUGCACAGAAAGACCUAUUUCUUGCAGACCUCUAUGUGAAACAGACUCCCUACUGUAAGCAUAUUUCUUACACACUCUCAAUUUAAUGCAGAAAUAAAGCAUUUCUCUCCCGCAGCCAUACCCUAAAUUUUUCAUCAUUUGUGUUAAAUGUGCUCACCCAGCAACACUGAGCACAUCACAUGCAUUCCCUUUAGUGGGGUUUGUGGCCUGUUAAGUCGAAGGGUUUCGACAGCUAGGGUCAUACUAAGGUUUAUUGCUGCCCAGGGCACUUUAAUAAACUUGAACCCUCCUCCCCUCACCUCCCACACUAGUAAUUAUUUUAUUCCUUAGACUGUGGGAACUGAAUAAAAGGUCGAUUUUAUUUAUGAAAAAUCGCUCUCUUCAAAGUGUCUUGUAUAAGUAAAAAAAAAUAAAAAAAAAAUUAGUGUUUCUAUAUAGGGUAACAAUGUACUGCUUACUAUAGUGUGUUUAUGAACAUCACAGGUGCUUUGACACUUAUAUCACUAGCUGGUCAAAUCUUGUUUUUUUUUUGUUUUUUGUUUUUUUUUUCACAUUAACACCAUCUUUCUUUCAUUAACCCCUUCAGGGUUAUUCACUAAGGUGAGAUUCAAAUGUAAGGCCAAAGAGGCUGAACACGAAGCAUAGCUGGUUAAUUCACUUCAGUUAGAGUUAAUUCUCACUUUAGUGAAUGACCCGGUUUGUUGCAGUCUAACCAAUUAAAACAUUUUUAUUUUUAAAAAUGAAGGUUUUUUGGGGGGGGGGGAAGUGGGGGGUGGUUGUCUUGAUAAAACCACUUAUGGUUACAACCCUGGUAUAGUUUGCAUGAGCGACAUUGACUUUGUAUUCAUGUGACUAUACAUGUGCUUGUGUUUGCUUCAGUGUUCUGUUUUUAUCUAAUGGUACCACUGAAAGCCAUGUAAUCCACAGGUAAUUUGGCGAUAAGUAGAUGCUGUGGCUAGAGAGAGGAGGGGCAAUUGACAGGACUAUUGGGAACAUGCAGCCCACUCCUCUAUUUUGUUGUACCCACAUGCAACACGUUGUGACCUGGUUCUGGAAUUUGUCCACACGUGAAUUGGGCCAGAUGGAGCGAGUGAAGCUUCCCUGCUCGUGAUGGGAAGCGUGUUCAUUGACCCAGUCACGCCAGCAUCUUACCGCAGGGAUUCAGAGCUCACAGAGCGUGAAAUGGCAGAGCAGGGCCAUGCAAAGAGCUCUCCGGUCCCGACUCCAGAAAGGCUGCAAAUAAAAACUGGGAGGAAUGCAAACUAAUAUAGAUUUUUAUUUUUAUUUUUUUUAAACUGUGACAGUACAGUAAAGAGACAGUGGAAAUGUCCCUCUCUGCCCUCUUACUGUCAUCAAUAUCUGGUUAAGAUUGUAUUUUCUCCCUUUCCUUACAUUCCAGGACAUACUUGAAAACAAGCGAAAUCUCAAUGUAUUUUUCCUGGUAAAAUAUUUUAUAAAUAAAUAAAUAUCCUCCCGAACUGUAAUCCUCUUCACCCUCCCCUUUUGAGCCUUGAUGAUUUUCUUUCUUCAUUCUUCAUCCCUGGCACCAGUUGGCUGCACAUUGUGUCUGAGGGUUUGUAAGUGUAUGGCAGAGCUCUUUCACAGCAGUACACAUCUGGAAGUGUUCUGUCCCUCUGUUGGCAGGUGGGGGAGAGUCCAACACACCACACAGACGACAGAUCCUUCGAUUGAUUCCACUGUAUCCCUCUCAGUGGGUCUGUGUGUGUGUGUUCUAUUCUGUCUCUCUCCAGUGCUACAACCUGCUGGCAUGUUUUACCUCACGCUGCUCUUGUUUCACUCCAGCCUUAUUUUCAUAAACCGGCCUUAAAUAUUUCUACACUGGGCUCGGAUCUCCUGGAGCCAGAUUAAUACUGCUCUUCGACCUUUCUGUGUUAUAAAUUAUGUUCUGCAGAAUUCUCUGUUAACCAGUUAUGAGCCUCACAUUUUAGAAUGCACUGUCCUAGUGAGCUUCUCAGUCUAGUGAGUUUCAUCCCAUCAUAUACCUGGACACACAGAGCAGGUUCACGAUUAAUGCAGUUAUAUUAAUAAAGUUCCUGCAUGUCACUUUGUCCUAUACAGUAAGUAAAUCAUGACACGGUGUACAUGCAGGUUUUGUUUUGGCUAAGCUCGUGCUAGGAUAUCUACUUCUCAAGCUGCCUGUUCACUUCCUCUGUGCAUUAGCCUAUGUGUGCCCCCCUGGUUAUAUUGUUUGACAAAUUUAGAAACCAAUAAAGCAUUUCAUUCAGCAAAUUCACAAAUGUUUUCAAACUACUAUAGUCAAAGCUUGGCAGUUUUUAACCUUCAUUGUGUCUUUUGGUUUUCAAUCUGCUUGAAUUCAGAAUUUAGUGGAUAAACCCCUAAUAACUAUGCUAAAUCUCUUGGCUUUGUUCAUUCCUACCUGACAUUAAAGGUUAAAAAAAAAAAGUAUGUUAUAAUAGCCCUAUUUUAAUGGGUGCACUGAGCAGUGUGUUAUUAAAGAUUUACAAUGCAGUUUAUCUUCGUUCUGUAUCAUUAGUGCCAUUAACUGAUAUUUAGAUGCUUCCUUUUCCCGAUUUAAUUCCCUCCAUAUAUUUUGCAGCAGGAUUUUUGCUACAGUAAGCAGGUACUUCAUGCAGAAGAUCCUUCAGAUUUGUACUUCUCCACCUUGGCCUACACCUCCUUUCCUUUUCAUACGUACACACACGAACUGGCUUCUUUUUCUCAAGUGCACACAGCUGUGAUCAGCAGCUGAGGCAAAAAAGCCUUGGGGAUGGUGGUUAAGCCCCUGUGAAAUGAAGUGUUGACCUGCAGAGUGGCAUUUGCUGUGCACUCGGGAAGGCAUAUGGACAUCCACCCGGCACAAAGUCUUCACUUUUCUCAGGCCUAUUGCCUGUGCUAGCAGAAAAAGUUUAACCUGCACCCAUUGUGUGUCAAGUCUUUCAUUGUUCCUCUCCAUUUACACAUUUGGAAUUAGAAGCACUUCUGCAGUCAUUUAAAGAUUCUAUAUGGGAAUAGUUGAUUGGAAAAGUUCCUUGGCCCAAGUUUAAGUUCCUGGAACAAAUGCAACUUAUUGUCUUCAGUAUAGUGUUAAAUCUCUGCACCACUCCUUGAAAUAAAUAAGGGGUCCUUCAUAAGGGAAGCAUUUUACUUGCUUUGCUGUAUUAUUGUUGGCUAUUUCGUUCUAAACUUUUCUCAGAAGGUGUCUUCUCACUGCCUCAGAACUAUCACUGUGUAUGUUUACGGCUUCAGGGAGUGUCCCUUCCCCAGCUGAGAUUUUUUUCUUCUCAGAAUCCACGUAUUCAUAUUGCUGCUAACCUUUCCUGUAUAGCGUGACCACCUUCUCCUCCUCAAUCCAUGGACCUCACAUUGUGUGUUUCUGGGAUAGGAGGGUAGAAAAUAACGCAUUCCUUAAGACAUGUCUCUUACGGUGGUUGGAGCUCCAUUUUGUUUUGUACACGGUUUAGAGGUGCUAACACACUGAAACCAUAUAUGAAGCCUGUAGGGAUUCCUCAUUUAUAGGGUUGGGGAGAAAGAUUUAUAGAAGUGCGUACCUUGUCAGUGAAGUUUUCAAUGAGUAACUGGAAAAACUAGCAAGAUUGGAUUUGCCCCCCCUCAAUGUAUCUAAAUUGCCAUUUGUGUAUCACUUCUUCAUUUGUACUAUUCCCUUGAACACUUGUUUAUGUGUUUGUUAAAACUAAGCUUAUCCACAAAAUGUGUUAGUGAUCAUUUCCUCAUUAUAAGUUAACUCUUAAGUGUAUUAGUGAAACUGCAAACGUGUGUGUGUGUGUGUGUGUGUGUGUGUAUAUGUGUGUAUAUAUAUGUGUGUGUGUGUGUGUAAACAGUAAUGUAUGACUAGGAAGAAAACACUCACAUGCAAUAAGUUUUGGGUGUUUUUAUGUAUUCCAUGUGACUUGUGAAUUCUUGAAAAUAUACUGCAUAACGUGGUUAGUAAAAAAAUAAAAAAUAAAAAAAUAAAUAAAUAAAAAAUUCAGAGCCUAGACCAUGCUCCCCAAGAUAGAUAGAUCUUCAGAUUGCAAUCAAGCUACAGUGAUCUAUUGGCUAUGCGUUAUAGGAGAGGGGAUCAAAUUUUCGAAAUAACUUAUGAAUUACUCUGAGAGGGAGUAGCAAUUUUUGUAAAUACAUUUUACCAGUAAGAGGAAAAAUUAUGGAUCAGUGUUAUGAACUGGUUCUGCAGUGUUGUCCCUUAAUAUCUCUGAGAGAGUGGACUGGCAGCAGUCAUGCAGGGGUGAUGGUAGUUUUGGGAUCUAUGUUUUCUGUUUGUGUGUAUGUAUGUGUAUAUGUAUAUACACACACAUAUCUAUCUAUCUCUAUGUGUGUGUGUGUGUGUGUGUGUGUGUGUGUGUGUGUAUAUAUUUUCAAUUUAUUUUUUUCUCUCCUGUAAGUGGUUGGUUAUUUAAGAACAAUUCACAUUUUUGUUUCUCUGUUCAGUCGCACUCCCACAGUACUUAUUCAUUAAGUGUGACCAGGGGAGAGCUGGAAACCUUUGCCCUCAGUGGGCGCAAGUAAAAAUCAAUGGCUUUUAUUUGCACACACAUUUCACAGAUCUCUGCGGAUGGUCCUCCUGUAUAAAUGAUAUGCGGGUUUGACAUACUGGAGACUUGCAAUGUGUGAUAUCCUUUCACCCUGCACCCCUCAGGCAGGCGGGCGCACGAGGGAGCUGAAGAGUAAGCACUGAGUGCUCCCUCGCGUGCCCGACCGGCCACCCGCCCGACCGGCCACCCGCCCAGGAGCUCAAUGCUUUCUUAUGGACAUUCAGUGUGCUCCUCUAGUGGCUGUCAGUAAGACAGCCACUAGAGGCUGGAUUAACCCUCAAUGAAACUAUGUUUUCAGCUGCAGGGUUAAAACUAGAGGGAUCUGACACCCAGACAACUUCAUUGAGCUGAUGUGAUCUGAGUGUCUGUAGUGGUCCUUUUGUGUGUGCAUCUGCAUGCACUGGAGUACAUACCGCGGUCGCAGCCCUGUAACCCCUGCGACCAGGUGCCCACCGCCAUGUGUUGCGGCCCGGCCCGCGCAUCAGUUUUCGCACCAGGGCCCCAUGGGUCAUGUGUACGCCACUGGCUGCAACCCAUAAGCCCUGUAUGCGAAUGGCUGGGGAGGCAAUUUUCUUCUAAUUGGCAGCCCUCUCAUGAGUGUGGAUUCCUAAAGCCCACAAGUUCACACCUCACCUGCACAAUAUAUGAACGUUUUUGUCUGGAUUUAUGAAUCAUUUUUCUACUGAAGCAAAACAAUUAAGAAAUAUAUAUAUACAGUGGGACCUCAGUUUACAAACGCCUCGGUUAAAAUAAUUUUCAGUUUACAAAUGAAAAUCCAUUGAAAAUAAUGCUUCGGUUUACAAUUUUUUUUUUUUCACAAUACAAAGCAAGUUUCCCCAGGACGCAUUGCACCUGGGAGGGUUUUAGAACCGCCCCUGCAUGCUGGAGCCUUUGGGUAGCACGUGGAGGUGUUGGAGCGGCUUUUGCAUCAAGUUUUGGAUCCAUUCUGGAAAUUUUCAGUUGUUUUGGGACUUUUUGGUGCAUUUCUCAAGCUUUGGAAAGGUAGGGAGCUGAGCUUCAUCGUUUGCAUGCCUUUUAUUGUGUGUUCUGCAUUGUGGGUUGGUUUCCAUGCAAGUUCAUUUUGACUUUUUUCUGACCUCCAGAACAGAUUAAUUGGUUUUCAAUGCAUUCCUAUGGGAAACUGAGUUUCGGUUUACACAUUUUUCGCAAUAAGAAACGUCCCGGAGAAAGCAUUAAAUUCGUAAACCGAGGUCCCACUGUAUAGGGGUUUGGGUUUGUAAUAGGUUUACAUCUGACAUACACCAAGCGCAUUGUUUACACCAUUUAUUUAACUUUUUCCUCUAGGCUGUGGACUUAUACCGCCUUCCUCGGAAAACAAAACCGGGUUUUCCUUGAGAAAUGGCUUCAUACCCAUAAUCCACCAUGCACCACCCACACUGGUUGUGGCUAGAGCCCUCUGAAUAAACAGAUAUAUUGUUUGUGUGUGUGUUAGUGUAUGUGUAUAUAUAUAUGUGUGUAUAUAUGUGUGUGUAUGUAUAUAUGUGUGUGUAUAUAUAUAUAUGUAUAUAUAUAUAUAUAUGUAUAUAUAUAUAUAUAUGUAUAUAUAUGUGUAUGUAUGUAUGUAUAUGUAUAUAUAUAUAUAUACUGUUAUGUUUAAUAUAAAAGUUGCUCCCUAUGUAUGUGUUUUUUGUUUUUUAUGUGUGCCACCAGGGGAAUUAUCUAAGAAAAAAAAAUUAAUUUUUACAAAAUGCAACAUUUUCAAGUGCCAAACAUCUGCCCACUGUACCAUUAAAUAAAAAGUAAUGCUUGCAGAAUUUAGGUCUUGUAGUUGGACUGUAAUCCCUGCCAUAAUUUUUUUUUAAUGUAAAGUUUUUUUUCUAUCUGGAAUUGUGUGGUGGUGCUCAUUUUAUUUAUUCAUUUCAAGGGUUUCUCUGUGCACCAUGACCAUUUCAGUGAUUUAAAGUAGUCAUGGUGUUUGGAGUCUGUAUGUGCAAUGAUUCAGUAAGAAAUGCUGUACAUCAUUAAAAGGAUCUAAAGAACUGUCGUAAGUUCUCCUUCGGCAGUGUCUUUAGCAGCCCAGAACGAGCUUGGGAACUGCCUCCAAACUUUUAAAAAUCAAAAUGACCAAUGCAGUUUAUGAAUGUAAAGAAAUCCUUAAUAUUUGAGACUGAAUACCUGGAUUCAGUUUUUUGUUUUUUUUCUGUAAAAAAGCGAUGUUGGUAAUAAUCAAGCUAUUGUUUGGCUUGAAAGGAAAGGUAGGGCUAUGCCUUUUUAAACUUUCCUUUUGAUCAAAGUUCACAGGUUCCUCUUGCGCACUAGUUCAUGAUCGGCCCUGGCCUGCAGGCACUGGUAGAAAGAACUCGUACUGGAAUAAUAACCUUCUAAUUCAAUCAUUAGCCUAGCAUAUGGAUACUUUCCCGGCAUUUUAUAAUGCUAUUCCAGUAAUGAAUCUCUUCCUUCGUCAGCAGCGUUUAGUAAUGCAUUUCCCCCCAUCCCAUAGAAGAUCUCUGUAGAAGGAAAGUGAACACAUGUAAACACUAUUCCCUAAUACUAGGGAAUAGGCCAAAUUUGGUAGUGAUUUGUCUGUACUCCAUUAUUUUCAAGCUAUUGGGGCACUGGUCCUUUAGGAGUCUGUUCAGUCACACCAGCUUCUUGUAUGGCUGAAGGUUAAUGGAGAUAGACAGCCACACAGUCGUUCAUAAUGUUCUCCAUGAUUUAACAAACUUAAGGCCUUGUUGACUUGAAUGGAGAUUCUUUGGUUAAACCCAUGUAGCCAGUUGCUGGAUAGUUUAACAGAGUUAGAAACCUGGGGGAAAUGUGUCUAUAUCGCUUACAAUUUCAGAAUUCUUAAAGGGAAUUCUAUAGUGUUAAAAAUACAUAGCUGUCAGCUAAAUGAUUUACUUACUUGAUUCCAUCGGCAUUGAGUAAGCGCUCAACUUCCUCUGUCAUCAGGGGAUGGGUGGUGUUAAUGCAUAAGCGCAUUAGGCCCUCCCCUUUGGAAAGUAUUGCUUCGGUGCUUUCCUAUUGGAAUUUUACUUAAUCUGGAUGUUCUCAUGCAGAGCGUGAGGACGUCCAGCGUCAGACGACCUAAAAUCGGUUAGCAAGCAGGAAGUGCCUCUAGUACAGGCAUAGGCAACCUUCAGCACUCCAGAUGUUUUGGCCUACACCUCCCAUGAUGCUUUGCCAGCAUUAUGGGGGACGAAGUCCACAACAUCUGGAGUGCCGAAGGUUGCCUACCCCUGCGUAGUGGCUGUGUGAGAGCCACUAAAGGCAGUCUUAGUCCUUCAAUGCAAGUAUAAUUCACAUUGCAGGACUAAGGGAGACUGGACACUGCAUCCUUACCACUUCAAUGAGAUGACGUGGUCUGGAUGCCUAUAGUGUCCCUUUAACUGGCAUAUGAAAUUGGGGGGAAAAAGCCAGAGAUUGUAUCUGUAGAUUCCCAUUGAGGGGCACAGUGUAAAGGAUCUGAAAGUAUGCAUAUUUGUAUUUCCAUUUAUUUAUCAUUUUGAAGAAGUAUAUGUGGGGAAGAAAGUGUUUUGCAAUCUUUCUACCAGAUUCAUAAACAUUCUCACUAAGGACGUAUAAGCUUUUUAUAACCUACAGAAGGAGUGACUGAAGUAAAUGCAAUGCUAAACUAUCAUGCUCAUGGGUAUUUGGAGGUAUUUCCACACUCUGCAUGGAGUCCCUGAAUUUUCCUCAUAGAGAUGCAUUGAUUGAAUGCAUCUCUAUGAGGAGGUCCUGAUUGGCCAAAACUGCAUUUGGCCCGGCACCGUGCCAAUUUUAGCCAAUCCUAUGCUUUCCUUAUCGGUGGGUUUAGGCACUAUAGGGAAUACAUGUUUGUGUUCCUGACCCUAUAGUGAUCCUUUAAAAAGUUACCUGCUAUCUCCAUCUAUAAUAGCAUCUUUUUUCUCUUGUUUCUUUUAGCCACAUCCAAUGGCACUCUCCAGGGUAUAGAAAAUCGAGAGGGGGGCGUCUGCAGCACACGAUCUAUGAAGAUUAUCAUGAAGGUCGAACAAGGUGAGAAAUUGGGUAGCAUUAAUCUAGAGCUGAUGGUGAUUUUUGCAUUGCUGGAAAGUUAAAAACUUAUUAUAUGAUCUGAAGUAUUAUGGCAGUUUUUGUUUCUGGUUUGUUUAUUUUUUGGUUGUGUCCUUUUCCCAACUUAUAUGGUAUAUUUUCUUUGUUUAUACUCUGCAAUUUUAAGUCACUGUCAUGUUCACACACUCUGUCUGUUUCCAAGCAUGAGUCUACAACUGGCUGCUUUGAUCAGUAUGUGUUAAAAUGUUACAAGCCUUAAACCACUCAAUAAUUUACUAAUAGAUUUAAUAAACAUCUGUAGUACUCAUUUCUUUUAUGUACUGGAAAUACAUCUUCUUGCUGAGAUGUGCCAAGAAGCUCCAUUGUGGAAACCGUUUUCAACCUAAGAAUGAUUUCAUUAUUAAAAGCUGUCAAAAUGCACAUAACACAUCCUUCUCAUCUCCCAUAAUAUCUGCAUCAUUUAUAGAACACGUUACAAAUAUUUUAAAAUAUAGCUUGAAAGGAUCAGGUGCCCGCUAGAUAAUAUCCUGUAUCACGUGUACAUAUAGACCAAAUUGAUUAUCUAUUUUUUUUCAUGUAAAUAUUGCUGGUUAAAGUGCUUGCUAAAUGUCAAGACAUUGACAAAAAGCUGCUGUUUUAGUAUGGAUGUGUGGACCUUUAACCUUUUUAUUGUAAAAUUAUUAGAAAGGCACCCAGUUUACAUGUACAUUUAUCAUCAUGUUAUGCUCUUUGACAAGAGACUGGGAAUAACUGACUUUAGACUUUAGUCCAGUAAUGCUUAGUGAUUCAGAAGACUUUCCUGAGUAAGUUAAAAUAUUUUAAGAAGACCUAUAUUUUAAAACUCCGAUUUUUAUUUAUUUUUUAACACAUACACGGUUUAUUUUCUAUAGCUCAGUGUAAAGUUCACUGUUCUUCAUGUACACUUUGACAGCCACCAGUAAACAUGUAGAAUUGUUGUCUGUAGCAUGAAGGAAAAAGCCCUUACUCUUUCUGACGGGUGUAUUGGUUGGUAUACCAGUGUGCCCAGUUCGGAUUACAAUAUAUUACAUCAUAUACAUAUGACAAAUGAAAAUGGCUUUUUAAUUUUGUCCCUGCAUGGAAGCAUGAGAGCAAUGACAGGAAAAAUAUAUUUACUGGAAUUUUAUUGAAACAUUUGUAUAGUACAAAGUGGCAGACUGAAAAGGCCAGACAUGUUACAAAACCUCAAAUUAUUAUUUCUAUAGCAUCAUCAAAUUCCAUAUAGGUAUUUUCAUUGACUGUAUUCAAUUGGCGAUGCAUUAGAAUUUGUAUAAGGUGGCAGUUUCUCUAUUAUUUCCACUCUGUGGGAUAAUAAACCUGUUUUUAAUGCAGUAUUGCAAUAAAUCCAACUCCUGUGACAAAUGGUUGGAAUUGGGUUCAUUUAUUAGGGGUUUUAGCUAUACUUUGUAGUAUGCUCUUUUAACCGCCUCAAUGCACCCUCUGCUACACAAGUAACGUCUUCAGUUCCAGGAAAUGUACAUAUAAUGUAUGUGUCCGGUCAUUUGUCCCCUGAGGAUAGAUUGCUGUCUAAACUAGUUAUUCCUGUGUCUUCUAUAUUAGCUGUCAUAAAGUGCUUGUAGUUUGAGGGUUUUACACAGACCUUCUUGUUAUCUUUUGUUAAACUCGUACAAAAGCUUGGUGGGCCUGACCAUCAAGCUGAACAAAGUGACUGCUUUGACAGUCAUUUUUAGUGUGCAGCUACCGAUACACAGCAGUUUACGUGCUCCUUUAUCACAAAGACCUACAGCACAUAGUAGGGCACCACAAUGUCAAUCACACUUGAUGUCUCUUGCUCACUUUAUGCCCAUUUAGUGCUUUCUUGCAUCUUUUGGUUUUAAGUCCAUUUUUCUGGACUUGACAAAGGAGAAGAGCCUCAGGUGGAAAGGAAGGCAAAAUUACUGGAAAUCAGUUGGAUAGUUGGAGAUCCAUUAAAAUAAAAAACAGUUUGGCAUAAUAGAAAUGAGAAAAGGGUAGAAAGGCAAUGGUGAGGGCAAAAGUGUGUGUGUGUGUGUGUGUGUGUGUGUGUGUGUAUGUAUAUAGAUAUAUAGAGAGAGAGAACGAGCUGCCAUGGGAUGAAGGGAGAGCUGAGAUACUAAGAGGUAGAGGAGAGGUGAAAUUAACAUGUACGUGAGGGGGGAAAGAGUGGUACUUGGUGAAGGGUGGAAUUGUGUGUGUGUGUGUGUGUGUGUGUGUGUGUAUAUAUAAUAUACUUUCUGACUCUUCUAGUAACUGUGUGGCCUGAGACUUUUUACAGAUAGCAACUGGAAAAGUAGACAGUGUUACAAUUUAUAGUUAUUGGUGAACCGUUGUCAAGGGGUUUGGUUAACUGGGUGUCAUGUAUUAUGGAAUCUAGAAAAGUUGGUCCAUUGAAGAUGAAAAUAUAAUUUGCAGAAGUCAUAGAUCUACUUGGGCAUCAAAGGGAGGACCGUACAGGCUACGGUUCCUGAAGGAGUAUAUUUUUUGCUUUGUGUACCUCCAUUCAUCUAAUUAAUCAUUUCUUCUCCCUUUUUCAUAAAAAGCAAGCCUAAACUAAUGGUAUUAUCCUUUUGUUAUAGAUCCCAAUGCAGUUUUGCCAGAACAUCUGACUACUAGUAAACCUAGCAAAGAGCAAGAUAAUACUGGAAAAUUAGCAACUUCGGGACCUUGGAUUCAUAUAGAAGACCAUGCCAAACAAGGUAAGAUCCUGCAAAGGCUCAGUCUAUGUAGUACUAAAAUAUGUUUUUGACUGACAGUGUGUGUGUGUGUUUCCCCAGCAGCAGCUUGGGGAAUAAUGUGAGCAUCACUUAGUUUCAUCAUAAACUGUGUUCAUGUACAGAGUCUAAAUGUUUCUUAAAUGGUGCACCGCUACAUGUUUUGUUUUUUAUUUUUUUUUAAAUAUGUAAUGGUGAAUUUUAUCUUACACAAUUCAAAAAGCUUUUAUAGCACGUUUGUGGGUGCCCAUGAACUUAUUAGAAUGCAGCAGAUAUAUGUACUCUGAACCCCACAGAUAUCUUCAAGCAGGCAUCUGCUCCCCAUGUAACUGAACACAGGGUGAAAUACAUUGGUUUUAUAUGCGCUAUGGCAUUUAUUUCAUGUAAUGUUUAACUUUAUUUUAUAAAUUUCGUGUCCGUUUCAUAUAUAGAUGUACAGAUCCCUAGUGAUUUCUUCAGUAUGGUCUUGUAGGGUUCUUUGUAAAUGUUUUGCAACAUAGCCACCACUGACAUUAACUGUUUUGUCACCCCCUCCUCUCCUUCUUUUUAAGGUGAAAAUGCUGGGAAUACUGGAGAUGGAGUUGACAAUUUCUUCAAUUCAAAAAUCGCUGUGUUUGCUGCAAUUGGAGCUGGAUGUGUAAUCUUCAUCCUUAUCAUAAUUUUUCUGAUUGUCCUGCUCAUCAAGAUCCGAAAACGUCAUCGUAAGCAUACACAACAGCGGGCAGCAGCGCUCUCACUUAGCACAUUGGCCAGCCCAAAGUGUAGUGGCAACGCAGGCUCCGAGCCCAGUGACAUCAUCAUCCCGCUGCGGACUACAGAGAACAAUUACUGCCCACAUUAUGAGAAAGUCAGUGGGGACUAUGGGCAUCCUGUGUACAUUGUUCAGGAGAUGCCCCCACAAAGCCCUGCAAACAUUUACUACAAGGUCUGAGGAGGGCCCACAAAUAAAACCUUGCUCCCCAUCUGUGGGAUAAGCCAAUCCAUCACCAGGAGCACAGGCCAAAGGUCACUCUGCAUUAAAGGACUCUGGGAGACGGAGCAAUAAGACUAACUUUCCCUAUGUUAGGUAUUUUUAUAUAGUUUGUCCCUUUUAUUAUGCUCCCUAUCCUCUCCAAGGUAGGGUGGGAUAAUCUGCUCCUGUCUGUACUUUGCACACAUGCAGUGUUUUUAACCCUUACUUGACAUGGAAGUCACUGGAGCAGUCAGGACUCAACCGUGGAAUUUACCUUGUUGGGACACAAGUACCUGAGUGAUAAUUACUGAUGCAAUUCAAUUGUGCAUUGAAAAAGUGCCCCACAUGGUGUCAGACGGGUUUGGCAUAGCCACAUGUUUCUUGGAGUUAGUAUCCUAGUCUUGAGCUGUGUCUCCUAGUCUUGAGCAGUUUUUCUCCAGUUCCUUGUCAAAAGACCAAUCUAAUGGUAGCUUUUUUGUUUUGUUUUGUUUUUUUUAGGGCACAGAUGGGAGCUGCAGCCAUGUUCAGCACUCUGGCACACUGCAUUUGCUCUCUUAUGUGUUUUCAGAGUGCUGUGACUUGGUGUGUCUCAACCACACACCCUAAAAAUGAAAUCUGGGCCUGUGUAGUUCCUAUACUGUUUCUGUGCAAGCGGACAAAAAGAGUGAGCGCUAAGUAUUUCUAUACUGUACUACACACACUACCUGUGCACUGGUAUACACACCACACAUGCUACCUGUGCACUUAUAUGCACUUAAUUGCACACUUGUGUUUAAUAUGACUGUAUUUCAAUCAACACCCUGUCCUAUGUGGUGAGUAAAGGACCCAAUUAAUGAUGGAUACAACACCCUCAGUGUUACUGGGUCCUGGGACUAGACCCUGCCUAAUAUCUGAAACGUUUGCCUUGAUACCUAAAGCAUAAAGAUUAGACUUAAAGGCAAGAACCACUCAGGCUGUUGUCUCCACACAUAUUGUGUUGAUUCAGAAUCAAACAUGUCAUUAGAUGCAGUAACUUAGAACUAAAAAGCAUUGCUUGGAGUAACAAUGACCUUAAUAUUGACUGGUGUGACCUCCGUAUACAAUGUUCAAUGUAGGAGUGACAGGAGAAUGUUUGGAUGCUAACCAAUGUGGUGGUGGUUGCAUUCACCUGACUGGUUUUUAUCCCUAUUGGUUAUAAAUCUUUUUAGAGAUGCUGGUGAUAUUUAAACCUAUAUUCCAUAAGUGUAGGAAGUAAAGGAAGCGUGGUGAGGGUGUGUUCUGAUUUUUGAUCACAUAAUGUUUAAAUCAUUUUUGUUCCUGAUGAGCUAGCCCACUUUUCUACUUUUUUCAAAAUAAUAAUUAUAACCUUGACGGGAAGAAAGUUUCAGGUGAAAGCAGUCUCCAUGAUGGUGCUUGUCACACAUCCGUGUUGACUCAGGGAUCUGUACGGUGUUGGCCAUCACAUCAUGUGGUGGCAUAUCUUGUGUGACCGCUUUGGUAAAGCUCUCUCUCAUUUGGUUAUUUAGCGACCCUGUGUCCCCUGUCUUGUCAGCAAUAUAUAUAUAAAACAAAUAUGCUGGUGUUCACCCAGUGUGAUUCAUCAUGAGUGAACAUUUGUUAAAUGCAUUUAUUUUAACAUUUUGGUGUGUCACACAUGGUGCUGAGCUACAUCCUGCAAAACAGGCCUAAGUUAUACUAGUCUGAGCCACUGCAGCCUCCCCAAACCUGGUGUCCAAGUCUUUCCAGCAUAUGGCUCCCCUCUUGCAGAAAUGUUGUAGAUGUAAAGUAAAGUAGGGGUUGGGACUCCUUCGGCCCUCGAGAUAUUUUGGACUACAUCUCCCAUAAUACUCUUACAGCCAUAAUGCUGGCAAAGCAUCAUGAGAUGUAGUCCACAACAUCUGGUAGGCUGAAGGUUCCCCAUUCCUGAUAUAAAGUAAAAUCCCUCAUAUACUUUUUUGCCAUGGUCUAUAUAAAUAUAUAUACAUGUAUCAUGAGUGACUGUGGUGGUUAUAGUGAUUAGGUCUUGCUCUUAAAUCAUGCAGUUGGCCUUUUCUGUCUCGCUUGUGAACGGGGGAAGACAUCAGAUAAUGUAUACAGUUAUGCCACCAUGUUUUGUGUACACUAUUUGUCUGUUGCUUGUGAGUCCAGAUGCCAACCCAGCAUGUUCUGUAUUGCAGUGGUGUGGGCAGCAACUAUGAACAAGAUGAAGGGGACGAUCCUUAGCUGCUAAUAUACACCAACAUAGUUAGAAAGUUCUAUAAACUUCACAGACCAUAUUCGUGCACAUAGAUGAUCUCACAAACAUUUUACACAUUUUUUUCCCCCCAUUAUGCGUGUUUUCGCUCCAUAUUAUAACUGUUAUACAUCCCUUUCCUGCCUUCUUUGUCCAUAAAGGUUUUUAUUUUUUCUCAAUAGUGCACAUCUCACACAUUUAAUAUUAAUAGUCUUAUCCCUUGCAUUUCAUUUAAACCCUUUUGCUGCGUUUUUGAUAGCAGGGGGCAUGGUCUUGCCCUAUUCAUGGUCUUGGGGGCAACCUUUGCAACUCUUAAAGGGAAUUUGGAUGCCUGCCCACUGCCUUAUACCUUGGUGUUUUGUACACCCUAUUGCACACACACACAACUUUUCUAUCACAUUGUAUGCAUGCACACGCACAUGCUUGUUCUGUUCUCCUUACAGGAACACACCCUAUAAUUUAUUUUGUGGUAGCAUUUCCUUCACUUUUAUUUUUUUUAUUUUUAUUUUUUUUUAGCUUAAGCUGCGGCAGCCAAGUUGAGGCAUGUGCUGCAUUUUUUAAUUCCUUGCUCCGUACUGAGCAACUAAAGCCUGCAGCAUAAAUGCAGUUCUAGAAAAAGCCUAAAACUAUAAAAUUCUAGCACAGUACUCCUUACACCUUUUUAAAAGGGGCCCAGAUUACAAAGAUGCCAUUAGAUCGGCAACUUUACUUGGAAAUAACUGGGUGACCCGUUCUUCACGGGUAAUAGUGAUUACUAUUAAAAUACAUUCUCAAAAUAGGUCUUCAAUGCAUUGUAUUAAAUAAAUGGGGGUGUUGCCUAUAGCCUGUGCAAAUUGAGACUGUUUUGGGUCCUGUGCUGGGGUUAAGAAGCCCUGCUGCAACAUUUAUAUAAGAUUCACACUAUUGUAGAAUCUGUGUGGUGUACACAUUCAAAAAUACAAAGAUUCCAUAAGUGGGGUCCCCUGCCUUGAGACUCUGCAAAGGGCAGUGUGCCCAAAUUAGUUUCAAUGAACCUUUUGACAUUGAUCCAUGCUAGGAAAGAACACCAGUCUUUCAUCUUGAAGUGUGCAAGUAGUGACUAAAGACACAUGUAGUUGUGGUGGUCCGUGUUGACAGCCUUUUUACCUAUUCUACCUUUCUUGAUAGUAGUACCCUCCGAAGACCUCUAUAUAGCCCCUGGCAGCUCCUAUUCACGCUUAACGUUCUAUGCAGAGUUAUAGCUGGUAUCCUUUUGUAUUGAGGCAGAUUAAGGGCUUCUGCAGUCGGAGGCAGCAGCUGUCUGUCUGCCGGAGAGGGGCUUUGAGACAUUUAGUCUCUUGUGACAAGGACAAAGGCCUUAAAAUAGAAUUUUAAAAGCACCACCCUUCACAUCCUAUAUUUGCAUCAACCACUGUUCGAUGCUGAUGCUCUAGAUUUUAUUUAAUUUCUUUAUUAAUUAUUACACCGAGGUUGUCUUCUGAUUUCAGAACAGAUUAAGGUGCAUGCUUUUUUUCUUUUUAAAACAUACCAUAAAAACAAAUUACUCAGAUGUACUGCAUUUUAUAUACUCUUUUUAAACUCUUUAGACACAUCUUUCUUUAAGUACCAAGCUGCAGAUUUUUUUUUUGCAGAUUGUAAACACUUUAUCACUUCGAACAGUGAAGAUAUGUAUGUUUCGCCUUUUUAAAAAAAAAAUUUUUUGACGCUCAACUUCCAUUUCUUCAAGCCUUCAUGUAUUGGAGGAAUAGUUUAUUUUAAUUACACACCAUUUAACAUUGCCUUGUGCACAUGUACAUAUGAAGAUGAAAGGUGAAAUUUAAACUGAAAUUUAUUUGCACCUUUUACUUUUUCAAACGACAUUGAUUUUUCUUCCUUACCUUAAGAAAUUAACUUUCAUAUUCUUUUGUAAAUAAUGUUUUUUCUUGGAAGAAAUACUGUAAAGCUGUUUUGUAUAAACUUCAAAUUUAUUUUCAUUUGCUUUCUUAGGAAAAAAUAGAUUUUUUUUUUUUUAUUAUUUUCUCUUUUUUUUUUAAACAACAAAACCCCAUGCAUAUCUAUUUGUACAUCUGCUCCCAGUAUACCCUAAAUGUGUACUCACAGGAUAUGAAGCAGGCUUCAGUACAAAAUACCUGCAGGGCUUUAGCACAGGAUUUCCACUUUACUCUUGGUUAUGACAUUUCUAAUCCAUCAUUGUAAAUUAGAGCACCUUAGUACACGUGUAAAUAUAGAUUGGUCUGUUGCAGGACUGGCUUGCAAUGAACAUCUUUACAGGAAGGACCUUGUUUUUGGUGUAAUGACAAGCAAAUGCCAUAUAAAACAGAUUUAAUUUUGUGGCAGUAUGGUAUCUUCAGCUUCGUUUUGUAUCAAUCCGCUCUCCGGUAAAUUGUUUAGGUUUGUGCCCUUUAGUGAAAAUAUGAGCCAACCCUAUAUUUAAUCCAGAUCCAGUGUGUUUUUAUUUUUUUAUUUUUAUUUUUAACACUGCACUAUACUGAAGAGGCUAUAAAUCUGCAAAUUCAUUCCUGGUAUUUGAGGACUGCAGCUUCAUGGGUAUAGCGCUAAUAGAAAAUAAAUGGGACAGUUCAGAGCUACCAAAAUCAGUCAAUACAAUGAAUUAAAACCGUAAACAUUUUAAGUCUUAUGGAGGAAAAAAUGGGCAUGCUUAGCUCUGUGCCACCCUUUCAGAAAACGUAAACACCAUUGCAAUAAUUGUUUAAUUGAUGGGGAAAAAUCCUGCUGGCGUCACAAAUGCUGAAUGAGAUAUUAACCCUUUCUCUAUCAGCUUAAUUACAUUUUUGUUUCAUGUACUUACCAUAAUUAAAAAAAAAAUAUAUUUAUAUUUUUUUGAGGGAGGGAGUGACUUUUGUCUUACUGCACAGUCAAUUACCCAAAUCCAAGUUUUUCUGUAAAGGUGGUUUACUUGUAUGUGUUUAUAUAGUCUUAUAAGACAUAAGAAAAUAGCGAGAAGCCUGCUAUCCACAACACGCUUGUUUGAACCUCAUUUGGAGAAGAUAAACCUCUUCUGCCUUCCUGUUAUCCCGGUAUCUGUUACCUGUAACCAAACCCUUAUGACUUUGCAAUGACACCAAUCAAACAAAACACCGUGAUUUUUGUUUCCCUUCAUUCUUUUCCAAUUUUUGGACUGUGCCUUCUAAACCCUGAUUUCUCGGACAGGGGCCUCUGGCUCCAAACCCGCUAUGCACGCCAUUUCAUGUCCGAGGCCUCUCUGCCAGGACGCUUUUCUCAUAUUACCUGGUUGGAGAGGCGGGGUUUGAUUACAUCAUCUUUUAGGGAAGAGAUUUCCGUGCACGCAAUGAGUUAUAUCUGCAUACCACAUAUGCUGACUCCUCCGUUUGCUUGUCAUUUCAUUCCUCAGGCACUCUGUUUUAUUUCAAAUUGACUUUUUAUGCCUCACCUGAUAGUUUUUUUUGUUUUUUUUUCAAUUUUAUUACAUUUUGUUUUCGUUUUCUAUUGAAUUCAUGUUCCCUACGGCUCUGCAGUUUAAAUGUCACCCAUGUUCAUGUUAUUGCCUGGAACUCCAGUUCUCUGGAGAAAUGUUGGAAUCCUGAUAUAUUGUUAAAUAAAGUUUUUUUCCUAUGGAA